AUGCAAAAGUUAAAACUGUGGAAUGAGUCGAAAUCCAGGUAUGAAUUUGUGUACGUCGCGGAAUUUGAAGUUGCAGAAUUUGAGUUAACUCAGUGCAGAAUUUGUGUUUUGUCUGACUUCUCUCGCUGUUUCAUGCCUCUUUUUGACCACUUGAGGGACAUAACUGGUGAGCAGUCUAAUGAAUUAGCCAUUAUAUAUUAGAGAGCUACUGUGUUCAAAUGGGAUGAUGUAACAUUUCAAGGUGGGUGUGACUGCCAUGCUUUCGGCAUAUGCACUAGUUUCAGUUUAAGGGACUCGGUGAACCAAACAUGGACACCUAAUUCAUAUCCCCGUGAUGCAGUCAGUCGUAAAAUAUAGUUUACGUAACAAUGAGAAGUGCUUAUCAACAGAGGAGCAAAUUGGGCCAGAUAUUCAGCUGCCGAAAAAUGAGUAUAGAUUAAAGUUGCAGCACUGGCCUGAGAGCAGGGCACACCCACACCAUAACUUACAGCAUUCUUUAACCAUCAUGCCCCCCCCCGAAAGCCUGGGAAAUAUAGUUUCUUUGGGGUGUUGAGGGUUGCUAGGAGAACCCCUAUUGCCCUCCUAGGUCUACAAAUCUGAGUGUUCUUUGGGAAACGGGAUUGACUGUUACCUACUCUGGCAAUUUAUUUCCUGCGUUGACAUGAGGUUGGACUAGAAGACCUUUGGGAUCUCCCCCAUCCUGUGGUUCUACUCGUUAAUUUCCUGCGGUAAAUGAAAUGCAGACACCUUGCAUCUCUGAGCACCUCUGGUGGGUCAGACCAAAGCCUUAUCUAGUCUGGCAUUCUGCUUCCCAAAGCAGGUGUCUCCAGGAAGUCCACAAGAGGGCAUAAAGCUGUUGUUCGCUGCCCGCUCAUAGUCUGGGUGGCCUGCCGCCAGUGACAUACUAAGGUGGCGAUUGCCUUAUUUUAUUCAUCAAAAUAUUUAUAUACUGCUCUACGAUACAAAAUAACAAAUCGGUUCUCAGUAAUAUCUACACAUAACAAAAUCCUGUAACUAUUUAAGAGGCCAUCCAUUAAGUUUUAUGGAAAGAUGUUUUCUUAAUUUCCUGAGUGAGGCUGGUGAAAUAGAAAAAGUUUUCAGCAGGGAUUUUAAGGCUAAAAAAGAAGAAGAUGGGUGCUCAGUCUCUGUUGGCAAACCUUUCCACAGGACUGGAUUGAUGAGAUUCUUAAUAGCUCGUUCGGUAGAGCAUGAGACUCUUAAUCUCAGGGUUGUGCGUUUGAGCCCCAUGUUGGGCAAAAUUCCUGCCUUGCAGGGGGUUGGACUAAAUGACCCUCGUGGUCCCUUCCAACUAUACAAUUCUAUGAUUCUAUGACACUAAAGGCUCUAUUUCACCAACUCAGGAGACAACCAAUGAUACUCCUGCAGUAGAGCUCAGUGAUUGAGCUGGGACAUAAGGGUUCAGGUGUCCCCUAAUUCCUUAUCUAGCCAAGGAAGUCACUGUGGUCUACAGCAGAGCUUCUCUAGCAAAUUCCAGAGUUCCCAGAAGCCUGAUCCACAACAACUUGGAGCAGGGCUUUCAGUGUGGCUGCCCCUGUUCUGUAGAACAACAUUCCUGCCAUGAUACAACAAGCACCUGCUCUCCGUACUUUGCAGAAACAAAUGAAGACCUUUGUGUUCCAACAGGUCUCUGCCAUAGUUUUCUACCUUGUAUUCAUUCUAAAUUCAUAUUGCGGGGGGUUUUGUGUGCUGUUUUUAAGUGUUUGGGGGAGGUGGGGUGGCUUUUCCCCAAUUAUGUUUUGUGUGUUGCUUUGACAUAUAUGGGUGGAAGAAGAUACAGUCAUACCUCGGGAUGAAUACGCUUCGGGUUAAGCAUUUUCGGGUUGCGCUCUGCGGCAACCCGGAAGUAACGGAGCGCAUUACUUCCAGGUUUCGCCACGCGCACAUGCGCAGACCAUCAAAAUGAUAUCACGCGCAUGCACAGAAGCUCCAAAAUGUGACCUGCAGACACGCGGACACGGGUUACGUUCGCUUCGGGAUACGAACGGGGCUCCAGAAUGGAUCCCAUUCGCAUCCCGAGGUACCACUGUAUAAUUAUGGUACCUCUGAAUGUGCUUCUAUGCAUCUGAUCAGAAAGUACUGUGGUUACUGUCAGGGCCGUCUUAAGCAUAUCCAGCGCCAUGGUGCAAAGAUCCCUCCGGCGCCCUCCCCCCCCCUUUCCCAGAGUUGCCAACCUUUUUUAGGGAGGACGGCGCUGCCAGCAACGCGCCCAGUUUUGCAGGGCUGGAGGAGGUGGGCAGUGGCUGGAGGGCAGGGAAGAGGGGAGGCUGGACGCAGCAGCUCCCGGCUCAGCUGGCCGCUUCAUGCCAUGGUGGCCACGGCAGGUGGAGGCUCCAGGCGUGGCGCUGCUUCGGCGUGGCAUGGCAGAGGCGGGCAAGGGCGGCGAGCUAAUGCCGGGAGGCGCUGCGCCCAGCCUCCGCCUCUUCCCUGGCACCCUCUAGAACUUAGUGCCCUGGCACCCAGCGCCACUAGCCUCUAUGGGUAAGACAUCCCUGGUUACUGUGGCUAAAGCCAGGUAGCUUUUCCCAGUCAUUGUGCAGCAGAACAUUUUCCAGCGGGAGUUUUUACCUCCUGGGAUAUAAGUCCUUCAUCCAGCACCCAAGAAACACCAUUGCUGCACACGGUAGGCGACAUGGUUUGCUUCAUGCACACCUUAAUGGUUACAAACAAUCAUUAUGGCUCCAUUAUGUUAAAUCCGUCCUGGGGCCCCGAAAAAACAAUGGGCAAUGUUGUUUCACCGCCCAAGAGGAUCAUGUCCACACCCACACAAAAUGUGAGUCCUCCUUCAUCAAUCAUAGUUUGUGCCAACAGACAAAAAGACACUGAUUUGUCAUGUUUAUUCAGAAGUAAGUCCCAUUGCAAUCAGUGGGAUUUACUCCCAUGCAAACAUGCAUAGGAUUGCAGCAUAAGAAAAGGAGCACAUUAAGAUGCUGGUACAUUCCUUCCUAUAUAGCACCCAGACUACCAAGCCAUGUGCGAGCAGUGAAGACGCUCAAGUCCGCAAAGGAGUCCUGGCAGAGAACACUUUGCUUCAGACUAUACUGAAUAUUCAGAAGGGCUAUUAGGACUAUGAUUUUAUGAUUCUGUUCACUGUGCGUCAGAGGCGCCAUGUGCUGCACUGUGCAUUUAAAGCUGUAUCAUACCACUUUAGGGAUGCCGGUGGUACUGUGGUCUAAACCGCUGAGUCUCUUGGGCUUGCUGAUCGUAAGGUUGGUGGUUCAAAUCCCUGCAACGGGGUGAGCUCCCGUUGCUCUGUCCCAGCCCCUGCCAACCUAGCAGUUCGAAAGCACACCAGUGCAAUAUAGAUAAAUAGGUACCGCUGUGGCGGGAAGGUAAACUGCGCUUCCAUGCGCUCUGGCUUCCGUCAUGGUGUUCUGUUGCACCAGAAGCGGUUUAGUCUUGCUGGCCACAUGACCUGGAAAGCUGUCUAUGGACAAAACACCAGCUCCCUCAGCCUGAAGAGAGAUGAGCGCCACACCCCAUAGUCGCCUUUGACUGGACUUAACCCUCCAGGGGUCAUUUAACUUUACAUACCACUUUAAAUAGUUGUUGCUUCCUUCCCCCCAUGGAAUCCUGGGAACUGUAGUUUGUUAAUGGGCUGAGACCUAUUCCCAUCACUAAGCUACAAUUCCCAGAGUGAUUUAACCAUCUUUUCGAAUGGAUCUUUUGGGAAUGGUUGCAGCCAUGCUGACAGAGGCUGAUUGCAGGAAAAACACCUGGAAGGCACCAUGUUGGCUAUUCCUGAAUUACAGUAAUCAUUUCUAAAUCUGCAUCUAUGCAUAUAAAAUUGGCAUAGGCAAAUUGUAUGCCAAUAUUAGUCCAUUUGUUGUGGUGAUGCAUUUCCUCUCUGUGAAAGUGGCUGGCUGCAUGUGAUGCCACAUCCCACAACUCCCCUCUGCCAGGAAGUCUUUGCUGGGAAUGUUGGGCAAUUCAGACAAAAUGGAAAUGGGAGCAGAAAUUGCCAACAUUCCCUUAUUCUUCCUAUGUCCAGAAUGGAAAUCAGCCCAGUGAAUAUGAUUAGUAUCUCUCAUUGGUGUUACUUUCAAUCUGCCAGGGGUAAUCUAUUAUACCCCCCCCCCCCCGCAUUCACACUGGUUCCCCCCUUUUUUUAAUGAAUGGGGUAGAAUAACAUAAUUACACAACUGCUGCAGCAGCCAGUGAAGCAAAUAGCAGAAGGUAGUAGUUCUUGACAGAAGGCAAACUGCAGCAGAAGGGAAACAGGACUGUGUGCGAAAAUACAGGGCAGAAAAGAAAACUAUCCCCUUCUUACGUCCCUGAAUCUAACCUCUCCUCCUCCUUUGGCAAUUGAACUAAAGCUAAAUUAUGCAUAACUGCAUUUGCUCACAAUCAUUUCUCAUAAGCCCCCCGCACCUCCCCACUAUCUAAAUUCGAUUGCAAUCUCUCCAAGCCAGAAGUAUUUCCUUUUGCUUUAUUUCAUUCUCCUAGUACUAUAUAAAUACUGAGCGGUAUAAGGUUUCCCAGCUUUGCAUGCAACAAGCUGUCAAAUUCUUUUAAUGUCGUUCUCAUAAAGGGAGGAAUUCUGCCAACUAGCCAAUGUUCAGCCCACAUGUGUCCUUGAUUAGAUUAACAAAGUGAUUUGUUGAAAGAGCCAUUUCUGUUGGCUCUGCAAGUUGAAACACCGCUUGAUUUUAAAUCGGGCUUCGCUGCUCUCAAAGCAAUAAUUGGGAGGCAUGUGUACCUAUCUGACAAAUCGGUCCAGGGGGGCAGCAAUUGGUAGCUCCCAGGACAUCUUUUUUGGACACACACAUUUGCCACCAUCUCUGUGCUUCCUCAGAUGACCAUCUCCACAUCCACACCACACAUUUAAAGCACAUUCAACCCACAAGCAUAUGGUCCCCCCCUCAAAGAAUCCUAAGAACUGUAGUUUCCAGAACUACAAUUCCCAGUAUCCUCAGAAAUAUGCAGUUCCCAAGAUUCCUUUGGGGGCAGCCAUGUUCUUUAAAUGUGUGUUGAAUGUGCUUUAAAUGUACAGUGUGGGUGUGAGCUGAGAGAUUGGGAGCAAAAGCAGAGGGUAAUUCCUCCCAGGUUCAAUCCCUGGCAUUUUCACAUUAAAGCAGCAUUUCCCGGUGUUUUCCAGAUGUUUUGGACUACAACUCCCAUCAGCCCAAACCAGCACAGCCAUACUGGCUAUGGCUGAUGGGAGUUGCAAUUGUUGUAAACAAAAAUCUGCCCUUUUUCCCUUAUGGGGUAUCCAAGAGCCAAUAUAGAGUCCUUAUGUAGGUUCCCUAUUGGUAGGAGAAAAUAACAGAGGCCAGCCAGAGAAUACUGAGAAGCAAAGCAGCUCGUAAGCCUGAUCUUUAUUGAUCUGUUGUAACAGGGUCCUCACUCACCACACGCAGGAGGGAGGAGGAACCCAGAACAAUGGUGUGCAAGCCCAUAUAUAGACUUUUGAAAUUGCCACCCUGUAGAUCAAGACCACCCCCAGAAACAUCAUAUAUACAUCACAGAAGGAGUGUAGCUCAAGACCACCACCCCCAGAUACAUUAUACCUACAUCACAGAAAGGGCGGUUUACAGCAGAAAUCUGAGUGGUUUGUUUACCUCCUGUCUGCCAGGUUACCUGUUUAAUGCUCACUUGAUUGGAUUGCCUGGGGAGCCUGGCCAGUCUUUUGUAAUGAUAAAUACUUAGUUCCUGAGCCAGGUCACAGCCUCACUCCCUAUUCAUAUCUUGUUGUUGUUGUUUACUCCUGUGCUGAUCUAUGUAUGUGCUUGGUUGGUACACUUAUGAACAUUUAACAUAUAUCUAAGACCUCAAAAUUCCUAUCACACAAUCCAAAACUUCCAGAGGGCACCAGGUUGAGAUGGGCUGCCUUAGAGGAAGUGCUAGCAGAAAGACCUCAUAACCGCUGCCAGACAGAGUGGACAAAGAGCUUAACUGGCAUAACACAGCAGCUUCCUAGGUCUCCUGUGUUUAUCCCAAAACUAAUGCUUCUCAAACUUAGGCCACAUCUGCACUACGGAUCUGAAGCAGUAUCAUUCCAUUUUAAACACUCAUGGCUUCCCCCAGGGACUCCUGGGAACUGUAGUUUGUUAAAGAUGCUGAGAACGGUUAGGAGACGCCCCCCCCCUUACACCCUCAUAGUGGUUUAACAAUCAGUCCCUCUUCUGAAGAAACUCUGGUAAUUACAGUGGUACCUCAGGUUAAGAACGUAAUUCGUUCCGGAGGUCCAUUCUUAACCUGAAACAGUUCUUAACCUGAGGUACCACUUUAGCUAAUGGGGCCUCCCGCUGCCGCCGCACGAUUUCUGUUCUCAUCCUGAAGCAAAGUUCUUAACCCGAGGUACUAUUUCUGGGUUAGCGGAGUCUGUAACCUGAAGCGUCUGUAACCUGAGGGACCACUGUAUAGCUGGUGAAUCGGGGCCUCCAAACUUUUUUCAGCACCCACAACCAACUACAGUUUUCAGGAUCCUUUGGAGGAAGCCAUGACUGCUGAGCUAAUGGCUAAUUCUUCUUUUGAUGUACAGUGGUACCUCAGGUUAAGUACUUAAUGUGUUCUUAAGAAAACUGUUCUUAACCUGAAGCACCACUUUAGGUAAUGGGGCCUCAUGCUGCCGCCGCGCCACUGGAGCAUGAUUUCUGUUCUCAUCCUGAAGCAAAGUUCUUAACCAAAGGCACUAUUUCUGGGUUAGUGGAGUCUGUAACCUGAAGCGUAUGUAACCUGAGGUACCACUGUAUAGUGUAUUAUUUGGCUUCAGAGGGUUGUCAGCAAACAUUCCUGCUGCAAUGUUUCACCUUGAUUCCAAAUUUUGAUUAAUCGGUGUCAAGCACCUUGCCAUUUCCGGUGUUGUGAGCAGGGCCUAUGUCCCUGCCAAUGCUGCCUUGUUUCUGUUUUUUGUGUUUAUUUAUUGAAUUUAUAUCCCGCCCUGCCUCCUGAAGGAGGAAUGUUAAAUAGUUCUCGCAGUCCUUCACUUCAAUUACUCUGGAUUACUCUGGCUCCACUUUGACUUUGCCUCCACUGCUGUGGAACCCUGGGCACUCAGCUCUGCAUAUGCAAAGGCAAGGCAAACAAGUUUUCAUUGCAGGUUGCCAAGUGCCCUGGAAUGUAUAAUAGCCGGUGGCAAACCUGGAAGGACUGCAUCCGAAUUUCCAAAAUGCAGGGUGGGUGGGAUGAGUAAUCCUAUGAGAAUUAUAAGAUCUCAGAUAUAAAUGUUCAUAAAUGUACCAGGCAAACACAUACAUAAAUAUAUAAACCACGUGUCUGAAAUAGUACAGGAGAACAAUCCUGAAGCCAUUUGACUCUCCCAAAUUGACCUCAAAUAUUUCUCUGCAAGGAGGAAGGAAAUGGGAAAAGCUUUCCAAUUGUCUUUGGACUGUAGGGGCUUACACCUCCCUUUUCAAAUACAGUCUGGCAAGUAUCUGUUAAGCUGGGAAAGCUAUGAAUAUGCGUAAGAGAUUCAGGAACUAAAGCAUUUACCAUCUCAAAGGAAUGGCCGGGCUACCCAGAAAAGGCAAUCAGAUAAGGCAUUAUCAGGUAUCCUGGCAGACAGGAGAGAAGCAAAACAGUAAUAAACCUGCAGGCACCCAAUUUGCAGAAACUCGCAGCAAACAUUGCUCUGAAUGCAUUUGUUGUUGUGUUUAGUUGUGUCCGACUCUUCGUGACCCCAUGGAGCAGAGCACGCCAGGCACUCCUGUCUUCCACUGCCUCCCGCAGUUUCGUCAAACUCAUGCUGGUAGCUUCGAGAACACUGUCCCACCAUCUCGUCCUCUGUUGUCCCCUUCUCCUUGUGCCCUCCAUCUUAUCAGGGUCUUUUCCAGGGAGUCUUCUCUUCUCAUGAGGUGGCCAAAGUAUUGGAGUCUCAGCUUCAGGAUCUGUCCUUCCAGUGAGCACUUAGGGCUGAUUUCCUUAAGAAUGGAGAGGUUUGAUCUUCUUGCAGUCCAUGAGACUCUCAAGAGUCUCCUCCAGCACCAUAAUUCAAAAGCAUCAAUUCUUCGGCGAUCAGCCUUCUUUAUGGUCCAGCUCUCACUUCCAUACAUCACUACUGGGAAAACCAUAGCUUUUACUAUACGGACCUUUGUUGGCAAGGUGAUGUCUCUACUUUUUAAGAUGCUGUCUAGGAUUGUCAUUCCCCUUCAUGGAUCACUGCCUUGCCGUGGCGAAGGGGCUUGAAGAACUCAGAGAAGCUAUGAACUAUGCCAUGCAGUGCACCCAAGAUGAACAGGUCAUAGUGGAGAGUUUUGACCAAACGUGAUCCACCUGGAGUAGGAACCGGCAAGCCACUCCAGCAUCCCUGCCAAGAAAACUCCAUGGACAAAGACAACAGGCAUAUAAAAGUUAUGACGCUGGAAGAUGAGCCCUCAGGUCGGAAGGUGUCCAACAUGCUACUGGGGAAGAGCGGAGGACAAGUACAAGUAGAUCCAGAGCUGAUGAAGCGGCUGGGCCAAAGCCGAAAGGACGCUCAGUUGUGGAUAUGCAUGGAAGCGAAAGGAAAGUCCAAUGCUGUAAAGAAAAAUAUUGCAUAGGAACCUGGAAUGUAAGAACCAUGAACCUGGGUAAGUUGGAUGUGGUCAAAAAUGAGAUGGCAAGAAUAAAUAUUGACAUCCUGGGCAUCAGUGAGCUAAAAUGGACGGGAAUGGGCGAAUUCAGUUCGGAUGACUAUCAUAUCUACUACUGUGGGCAAGAAAUCCGUAAAAGAAAUGGAGUGGCCCUCAUAGUCAACAAAAGAGUGGCGAAAGCUGUACUGGGAUGCAGUCUCAAAAAUGAUAGAAUGAUCUCGAUACGAAUCCAAGGCAGACCUUUUAACAUCACAGUAAUCCAAGUUUAUGCACCAACUACUGGUGCUGAAGAAACUGAAAUUGACCAAUUCUAUGAAGACUUACAAGACCUUAUAGAAGUGACACCAAAGAAGGAUGUUCUUCUCAUUAUAGGGGAUUGGAAUGCUAAAGUAGGGAAUCAAGAGAUAAAAGGAACAACUGGCAAGUUUGGCCUUGGAGAUCAAAAUGAAGCAGGGCAAAGGCUAAUAGAGUUCUGUCAAGAGAACAAGCUGGUCAUCACAAACACGCUUUUCCAACAACACAAGAGACGACUCUACACAUGGACAUCACCAGAUGGGCAACAUCGAAAUCAGAUUGAUUAUAUUCUCUGCAGCCAAAGAUGGAGAAGCUCUAUACAGUCAGCAAAAACAAGACCUGGAGCUGACUGUGGCUCAGAUCAUCAGCUUCUUAUAGCAAAAUUCAAGCUUAAACUGAAGAAAGUAGGAAAAACCACUGGGCCGGUAAGAUACAAUCUAAAUCAAAUCCCUUAUGAAUACACAGUGGAAGUGAGGAACAGGUUUAAGGAUUUAGAUUUGCUGGACAGAGUGCCUGAAGAACUAUGGGUGGAGGCUCGCAACAUUAUACAGGAGGCAGCAACUAAAACCAUCCCAAUGGAAAAGAAAUGCAAGAAAGCAAAGUGGCUGUCCAACGAGGCCUUACAAAUAGCGGGGAGAGAAGGCAAGCAAAAUGCAAGGGAGAUAGUGAAAGAUACAGGAAAUUGAAUGCAGAUUUCCAAAGAAUAGCAAGGAGAGACAAGAAGGCCUUCUUAAACGAGCAAUGCAAAGAAAUAGAGGAAAACAACAGAAUGGGAAGAACCAGAGAUCUGUUCAAGAAAAUCGGAAAUAUGAAAGGAACAUUUCGUACAAAGAUUACCAUAAUAAAGGACAAAAGUGGUAAAGACCUAACUGAAGCAGAAGACAUCAAGAAGAGGUGGCAAGAAUACACAGAGGAAUUAUACCAGAAAGAUAUGGAUGUCUCGUACACCCCAGGUAGUGGGGUUGCUGACCUUGAGCCAGACAUCCUGGAGAGUGAAGUCAAAUGGGCCUUAGAAAGCACUGCAAAUAACAAGGCCAGUGGAAGUGAUGGUAUUCCAGCUGAACUAUUUAAAAUUUUAAAAGAUGAUGCUGUUAAGGUGCUACACUCAAUAUGCCAGCAAGUUUGGAAAACUCAGCAGUGGCCAGAGGAUUGGAGAAGAUCAGUCUACAUCCCAAUCCCAAAGAAAGGCAGUGCCAAAGAAUGCUCAAACUACCGCACAAUUUCACUCAUUUCACAUGCUAGCAAGGUUAUGCUUAAAAUUCUACAAGGAAGGCUCAAGCAGUAUGUGGACCGAGAACUCCCAGAAGUGCAAGCUGGAUUUAGAAGAGGCAGAGGAACCAGAGACCAAAUUGCAAACAUGCGUUGGAUUAUGGAGAAAGCUAGAGAGUUCCAGAAAGACAUCUACUUCUGCUUCAUUGACUAUGCAAAAGCCUUUGACUGUGUCGACCACAGCAAACUAUGGCAAGUUCUUAAAGAAAUGGGAGUGCCUGAUCACCUCAUCUGUCUCCUGAGAAAUCUCUAUGUGGGACAAGAAGCUACAGUUAGAACUGGAUAUGGAACAACUGAUUGGUUCAAAAUUGGGAAAGGAGUACGGCAAGGCUGUAUAUUGUCUCCCUGCUUAUUUAACUUAUAUGCAGAAUUCAUCAUGCGAAAGGCUGGGCUGGAUGAAUCCCAAGCCGGAAUUAAGAUUGCUGGAAGAAAUAUCAACAACCUCAGAUAUGCAGAUGACACAACCUUGAUGGCAGAAAGUGAAGAGGAAUUAAAGAAACUUUUAAUGAGGGUGAAAGAGGAGAGUGCAAAAUAUGGUCUGAAGCUCAACAUCAAAAAAACGAAGAUCAUGGCCACUGGGCCCAUCACCUCCUGGCAAAUAGAAGGGGAAGAAAUGGAGGCAGUGAGAGAUUUUACUUUCUUGGGCUCCAUGAUCACUGCAGAUGGUGACAGCAGUCACGAAAUUAAAAGACGCCUGCUCCUUGGGAGAAAGGCAAUGGCAAACCUAGACAACAUCUUAAAAGCAGAGACAUCACCUUGCCAACAAAGGUCCGUAUGGUAAAGGCCAUGGUUUUCCCAGUAGUGAUGUAUGGAAGUGAGAGCUGGACCAUAAAGAAGGCUGAUCGCCGAAGAAUUGAUGCUUUUGAAUUAUGGUGCUGGAGGAGACUCUUGAGAGUCCCAUGGACUGCAAGAAGAUCAAACCUCUCCAUUCUGAAGGAAAUCAGCCCUGAGUGCUCACUGGAAGGACAGAUCCUGAAGCUGAGGCUCCAAUACUUUGGCCACCUCAUGAGAAGAGAAGACUCCCUGGAAAAGACCCUGAUGUUGGGAAAGAUGGAGGGCACAAGGAGAAGGGGACGACAGAGAAUGAGAUGGUUGGAUGGUGUUCUUGAAGCUACCAGCAUGAGUUUGAUCAAACUGCGGGAGGCAGUGGAGGACAGAAGUGCCUGGCGUGCUCUGGUCCAUGGGGUCACGAAGAGUCGGACACGACUAAACGACUAAACAACAACAACAAAGGAUUGUCAUUGCUUUUCUCCCAAGAAGCAGGCAUCUUUUAAUUUCGUGACUGCUGUCACCAUCACCAUGGAGCCCAAGAAAGUAAAAUCUCUCACUGCCUCUUCUCUGAAUGCAUACCCUCCAACAUUUCUCUGGGCAGCUUCUAACAUAUAUAACAAACAUAAUAAAACAAACAUUUUUUUAAAAAAAACCUUCCAUAUACAGGGCUGCCUUCAGAUGGCUUGGGGGGGGUCAGAUAACUCCAUACCAUCCAACAUUUCCUCUGAUGAAAAUAGAGAUAUCCUAAGAGAAAGCGAGACAUUCCAGGAUCAAAUCAGAAACUGGGAUGUCUUCUGUAAAUCUGGGACUGUCGCUGAAAAAUAGAGGCACUUCGAACGGUCUUGAGAAUGUCAGAACAAAAGAUGUAAUGACAACAGCAGCAACAACAGCAAAUUCAUUCUUGUAUAUUGUUGUACUGCACCAUUUUGCAACGCAAUGUCACAGAAUUGUAGAGUUUCAAGGAAGCUUGAGGGUCCAACCCCCUGCAGUGCAAGACUCCAUGACAGCUGGCCAUCCAAUCUCCACUUAAAAACCUCCAAUGAAUGAGAACCCACAGCCUCCCCAGGGAGUCCAUUCCAACGUCAAACUCCGAAUGCGCACACACAAGCCAGGCUUCCUAGGUGCUUGGAGCGGCUUUUAAAGGCAGCCGACGGACCAGCUUCUCACACUGCGUGUGUUUCAACAAGAACUUCCAUGCUGUUCCUUCUUGAAAACGCUCGCUGAUUUGGAAAUGAAAUGGAACAGCCUUAAUGACAAACACAUGCAAAAGUGCCACGAACUGGAACGAGACGGAUCCGCCUGGUCCUCCAUUUGUUUCCGUUCUGGUGGUGGCUGCACUGGACCUUUUCAUUCGGGGGGGGGGGAGUCUUUUUCAUCCCAGGGGCCACAUUCUCUUCUGGAAAACCUUCUGAGAGUCACAUGACAGUGAUGGCUGCACCCAGAGGCCAAAGUGGGCAGAGCCGUAAUUAUAAGUUUCGUGCAGUAGGCUAGUUUCUGCAAACAGACACCUACAUCUCCCCACACCCUUCUCUCUCUCCUCCAUCCAAGCAAGGAAGAAGCAUCUAUGGGUGGCCAUCUGCUGAGAUCCGUGCAUUGCAGAGGGUUGGACUAGAUGACCUUUGGGGGUCUCAAUUCCAUGAUUCUAUGAUUCAUUGAAAUAUGAAUAAAGCUAGGAACAAAUUCAAAGGCCUUGUGACUAUAUCAAUUAACACAGGGAUGAGGCAGCUCAGGCCUGGGGGCCAAGUGUGGCCCUCUGUGUCUCUGUAUUUGGGGCAUGGAACUCUUCCCAAGCUAUGCUUCCUCUCCCCAGACCACACUCCUCACCAACCUUGCUUUGUCCCGAGUGUUCUUGCCUGGCUGGAAUGUGUCCUCAAACUCUUAGAUAAAAUUGCAGAGUCGGAAGUGUGAUAAGAAUUUUAAGGUCUUAGAUAUAUGUUAAAUGUUCAUAAGUGUACCAACCAAGCACGUACAUAGAUCAGCACAGUAAGACCGACCUGAAACCAUUUUUGAUUCCCAAACUGACCAAAUGUUUUCUCUGCGAGGUCAAAGGAAAAUGGAAAAGCCUGCCCAUUGUCUUUUCCUUCACAAAUCCUGUCUUAAGGGUAUGUCUGUCUGUGUUUGAAUAGGGUGAGCCUGUGACCUGGCUCAGGAACUAAGUAUUUCUCAUUACAAAAGACUGGCCAGGCUCCCCAGGGUAUCCAGUCAAGUGAGCAUUAACAGAUAACCUGUCAGACGAGAUAAACAACGCACUCAGAUUUCUGCUGUAGACCGCCUCCUCCUUUCUUGUGUGUGAGGGGAGCACCCUGUUGCAACAGAUCAAUAAAGAUCAGGAUUACUAGCUGCCUUACUUCUCAAUAUUCUCUGGCUGGCCUCUGUUAUUUUCUCCUACCAAUAGGGAACGUACGUAAGGACUCUAUAUGGGCUCUUGGAUACCCCAUAAGGGAAAAAAGGGUAGAUUUUUGUUUACAACAGAAGGCACCCAAGGGCCAUCUAGUUCAACCCCCCUGCAAUGCAGAAAUCUCAGCUAAAGCAUCCAUGACAGGUGGCCAUCCAUCUAGAAGGGGGAGUUGCAGUAAAGGUAUUCUAUUGGCUUACUUUGAACGCUCUACAUCAGAGGUAGUCAAUGCACUGCCCUUCAGAUGCUGCAGGACCAAAAGUCACAUCAACCUUGACUGCUGGUCAACCCUGGAGAGGCUGAUGGAAAUUAGAGUCUGUUGUAAACAAAAAUCUGCCCCUUUUUCCCUUCUGGGGUAUCCAAGAGCCCAUAUAGAGUCCUUACGUAGGUUCCCUAUUGGUAGGAGAAAAUAACAGAGGCCAACCAGAGAAUAUUGAGAAGCAAAGCAGCUAGUAAGCCUGAUCUUUAUUGAUCUGUUGCAACAGGGUGCUCCCCUCACAGGAAAGGAGGAAGAACCCAGAACAAAGGUGUGUCUGCCCUUACAUAGAAAUUUUAAAUACAUCACAGAAGGGGUGUAACCCAAGACCACCCCCCACAAACAUCAUACCUACAUCACAGAAAAGGCAAUGUAAAACAGAAAUAUGAAUGUUGUUUCUUCUGUCUGCCAGGUUAUCUGAUAAUGCCUUAUCUGAUUGCCUUUCCUGAUUGUCACCCAUUGAAAAGCUGAUUACUCAAUUCCUGAGACAAUGGGAAGGUUCCCUGACCAGCUCCCUGACCCCACUCCCUCCUUGCAGAGAAAACAUUUGGUCAGUUUGGGAAUAAAAAACAGUUUCAGGUUGAUCUUCCUGUGCUGAUCUAUGUACAUUCUUGGUUGGUACAUUUAUGAACAUUUAUUAUAUAUCUAAGACCUUAAAAUUCUUACCACAAGUCCCUCAGCACUUGGUUAUCUCUUGAUACUGUAGACUUGGAACAGGUUCAGAAAAGGGAGCAACUUCUCUAUAAGGACAGAUUCAACCUCUGUCAAGGAAAGAGAGUCUCCCACCUCCAUUCCACUGUAGAGCAGCUCUUACUAUCACAAAGUUCUUCCUGAUAUUUAUUCGGAAUCUCCUUCCUUGUAACUUGAAGCCAUGGGUUCGAGUCCUACCUUCCAGAGCAGGAGAAGGCAACCUUGUUCCCUCUUCCAUGGGAUAGCCCUUGAGAUAUCUGAAGAUGGCUAAGAUGCUGCUUGCUUUUGGGGAGAUGUUUAAGUAUUACGAUUCUAGUAGUUUACAGACUAUUCACUGCUUUGAAUAGAAAAAAGAAAAGUGUGCUAAUUUUAAGUGUGCUCUAUUUCUUUAGAUGGCAAGGCUGUAUGCACUCAGGUAAUCCCCCCAAAUUCUGUUGGAAGUGGUAAAGGCCUGCAAAGUAUCAAAGAAGAAGGGGGAACCAACGCCUUUCCAUGAGGUGUUCCUGAAAAGUCAACAGAACCAACAUUUGACUGUGGUUUGUGGCUCAUUGAUUUAUGUGCAUGGAGAAGCUCAACAAGAUAGCUCAGUUGGUAGAGCAUGGGACGCUUAAUCUCAGGGUUGUGGGUCCGAGCCCCACGUUAGGCAAAAGAUUCCUGCAUUGCAGCGGGUUGGACUGGAUGACCCUUGUGGUCCCUUCCAAUCUACAGUUCUACGAUUCGCCUGAAGUAUUCAGCAAAGCCAAAUGUAAGCAGGUUUGGGAUUUAAAUCCCAGAAUUCAGGGGAAUCAUGCCAUAUCUUGCCACAAACGAGCAGCAUGCAUGCACAUAUACUUGCUAUCGUAUCUUGCGGCCUUUUGCUCUGCCGCCAUAACAUGCUGGCAGAUCGCACCAAACUCCUGCAUUUCUAGUGUGUGUUCAGCAAUAUUUGCUCUGGUUCCAAUCUGAGCUUCGGGUGGGACAAAAAGGCUGAGCCAUUGUGCUUCCUUUGAGAUGAUGAUCCUGAGGUUUGUUUGCUUCUGGCAUUUUAUCAAAGAAGUUGAUCUCCUGUUUCUUCCCCCCACCCGCUGCACUUCCCCAAAGGGGGAAUCACUGGAGGAGGGCCGGAACAAAACUUGAACAAACCAGUUUUCUACCAAAUGCUAAGCAACAUUUCUCGCUUAUGAGUAUCUUGGAUGCAGAACCAACACACCCUGACCUAGACUUGCAAUAAUAUUCCAAGCGAAUGCAUAUGCCUGACUGCCGGCUCCCAGUGUUAAUUGAACAUGAAUAUUCCACAGCCGUAGGUUUUUAAGUCCUCAAAGUGUUAAAAAACUGCAGGAGGCACAAAAUGAAGGCAAUCCCUUGCAUAGUUUCCUAGGAGUUAGCCCCAUUCACCACAGAAUCAUAAAAUUGGAAGGUACCCCCUGCAGUGGAGGGGAGCUUUCCCUGGGUGAGCUCGAACCACCAACCUUCUGGUUAACAGCCAGACGCACUGCCCCAUUGUGCAACAAGAGGAAUUAGCAUAAUGGGCCUUGCUUCAGAAAAAACACAUGCAUAGGAUUGGUGGGAAGCUGUUAUUAGACAGGCUUAAAAAGGGGAUUAACCAACAUUACAGAGGACCCACCCAUCAGGGUAGGAUCUUCACACAAUCCUGCUCACGUUGCAAUCCUUCCCAUCUCUGCUCAAUGUCCCGUUGAGAUCAGUGGGGCAUACUGAUCCUACCUAAGGUAAAGGUAAAGGAUCCUACCUAAGGUAAAGGUAAAGGACUCCUGGAUGGUUAAGACCAGUCAAAAGCAACUAUGGGGUUGCAGCGGUCAUCUUGAUUUCAGGCUGAGGGAGCUGGCGUUUGUCUGCAGACAGCUUUCUGGGUCAUGUGGCCAGCAUGACUAAACCACUUCUGGUGCAACAAAACACCGUUACGGAAACCAGAGCGCACAGAAACGCCAUUUACCUUCCUGCCGCAGCGGUGCCUAUUUAUCUACUUGCACUGGCACGCUUUCGAACUGCUAGGUUGGCAGGAGCUGGGACAGAGCAACGGGAUCUCACUCCAUCACAGGGAUUUGAACCACUGACCUUCUGAUCUGCAAGCCGAAGAGGCUCAGUGAUUUAGACUACAGCGCCAGUCACAUCUUAGGUUAGGUGUGCAUAGGAUCACAGCUCAAUUUACAGGUGCUAUCAACAACAACUAGUGAACCUGUCCCAGUGGCUUCAACAGGAUUUCAUCAUGGCUGAGCUGGAUCCCAGCUAGAAUGUGUGUUUUUGCACUGUCCUGGCCCCAGUUGUGCGAUGGUAAGGAAAGUCUGAAACACACAUAUUGCCAAUCUAUAUGCUGAUUGCGGCCACACCCCAAAAACUUGGGCGCUCCACCAUCGCAGGCCCGCAGGUGUGUGAUCCUUGCAUCGCGCCAGGCAAUGUGACGAUGACUCAUGCACGCACACACACCUGCACACGUGGCCACAACAGGUAUGCAAAUCUGGCAAGAGACUGUGUGAUUAGGCUGUGAUCCUGAAUCCUGAGUCCACUGGUGCUAAAAUAGCAGGGUUGCAAUAAAUUUGGUGGAUCAGCCCAAAAAAGGAUGUCUAAAGGAUGCCAUCGGUGGCAAGAUAUUUAACUAUGGCCCUUGCAUUGUGUGCUUGUGUGUGUUCUUGGCUACGUGUGUGUUUGGUGAGUACCGUGACUCAUUGCCCUGAGGCCAGAUUGGAAAUGAAUCUCAGGAAGAGAGAUGUUUUGUUAUGUGCGCUUUCGUUCCCAAUGCAUUUGCAGCCACAGGGAAACUUCUGUGCGCUCGCUCUCUCUCUCUCUCUCUCUUUUUCUCCACCCCUGGAUCCACAUUGGUGCUUGCAAAUGUAGGCUUAGAGACAGAGUUCGUAUUGAAAUCCACCCGCCCCAGUCUUCUCCCUCCAUGCCUGAGGGUGAGUCACAGACUCGGCAAAAGGCAUGGAGAGUUGCUCCAGCCCUGAAUGAAGCAGUCCAGCUGUUGCCUUCCUGUAGGGGUGGAGUAGGGGGGUCGGAGCUGGAUAUCACAGGCUGUCUGAGCUGCAAUUGCACCACUGAGCUUGGAGUGGGGCAGGCCAGGAGUACUCCUGGCGGAGACUACGAGGCAGCUCUCUUCCUAACCUGAUGGGAGGAACUCCCUGCUCAGCCUGACUUCUGAGAUUCAGCAACAACACGUUUGUUUUGCUGAAGUUCUGCGUGCCUCACUUUGCAGAGGGCUGCUUGGAGGAGCUGAUCCCGCACUUGCACGCUUUAUCUGUUUGAACUACAGAGCCAUUUCUGAGAACUUUUGUUUCUUUGUUUUGGUAAGUCUUUUUUCUUCCCACCUUCUUCCUCCUGUUUUGUUGGGGUAUGUGGGCUUGCAGCACCAGACUGCAAACCCAGACAUGAGCUUUUUGGUUCGGGGAUAGUUAACUGUCUUGCAUGCACUGCGAUUUAAAGAGAGAGCGUAAAGAUUGCAUGUCAAGCUGGACAGUGCUCCAGGGAUGUGAUGAGGAAAAGGUGCGGAGAGUAUGUUGUGCACCCACCAUCAAGUCUUGCUGUGUUGCAGAAGUAAAAAACCCAGAAAUGAACACAUCAGAGGUUGUGGAAUUGGGCUUUUGGGUAACUUUGAGGUGAGGGGCUUUUGAUCAAAAGUAUAGCAAACAGUGAUGACUGAACAGAUUGCUUUAUGAGUUCAGAGAUAAGGGACAACUCUUACAGGUGAAUGAGAUCUGUAUCAGUAAGGUAUGCAGUUAAAAGUUUUCUGCUCAAACCUGUGCAUGUUAGAUUCAGAAGCAGAGUCCCAUCAACUUCAGUCAAUUUUCUUCCAGGGGCGUGUUCACAGGGUUGUAUACUGGCAGUAAAGUCUUGUGUGUAUCAGGAGAGCAUAGUGGCUCAGUGUGGAAGGUGAGCUCCAAUGCCUUUGGUUCAGUUUUUACAUAUAAAGGUGAAUCUAUCAAAAUCCAAAACAGUGGGAACCAAAGCACCUUCAAAAUCUGCAUUUACCUUAAUUUUCUGAGGCAGUUCUCCAACCAAAUAAGGUUUGCAAAAAAUGCAUAUAUUUAAGGAAAGUGUGCCUAUAUAAGAAUGCAUUGGUGGAAGCAGCAUACAAAAAUGGAUUAUAUUAGGAGAAAUUGCUUGUAAAAAAUGGAUUAUAUUAGGAGAAAUUGCUUGUAGACAAAGUUGCAUAUAUCAGGAGAAAGUCAUACUAAAAUGCUGGAUAAUUUGCAAGAUGAUUGGUGGAGUGGGGGUGGGGAGGAUUGCAAAUUGCAGCACAUAUGCAGAGAACCAAAUUUAAGAUUUGGGAAAAUGAGAAACUGAGAGGAUGGGAAUUGGCAAAUCCUUUGAUCCCUAGUCUCCAUAUGCACAGAGCAAAUAGGGCACGGUCAGCACACAUACACCCUAAAAUAUUUGAGAAUGAGCAGGAGUGGUCUUGCUUGUCAAUGGCUGGGGGUGAGGGGCCUGCUGCAGACUUAGCCCCACCCACUCGCUCAGCAGGGUCUACAAGUUGCACCAUGCAAAUGAGUAGUUGUCAUUCAGCCAUUCUGACCACUGCCUUUUGAGACCAUGCGUGGAAGGCAAAACAGGCACUGCACUUCUGAUGUGGGAGAGGAAGGCGUGUCCUUCUGUGUCUAGAACACUGCUGCCUUGCAGCGAGUCAGUUUGGGGCUGUUUUACACUGAGUGACAGUAGUAGUAGAGUUUCAGACAGCCAUCGUUCCCUGUCCUACCUGGAGAUGCCAGGACUCGAACUCGGGACUUCCUUUGAGCAAAGUGCUCCCACUGAGCUUUGGGUCCUUCCACAAGGACAUGCUGCCUGUACAGUUCCUUACAAUAACCAAGCCUUCCCUACACACCCAGUUAGCUUUCAAUGGGAGGGGGUAACAUUGCAGCCUUCCUUUAUAGAGUUGUCACAAGCACGGACUCCCCAAAGGUUUCCUACUGCCCUGAACAUGCCCGAUCUUGUCCAAUCUCAGAAGCUAAGCAGGGUCAAGCCUGGUUAGUACGUGGAUGGGACCCUGUCUGGGAAUACUGGGUGCCAUAGGCUUAGAAGCCUGGAUAGCUCAGUUGGUUAGAGUCUGGUGCUGAUAAUGCCAAGGUUGCAGGUUCGAUCCCUGUAUGGGACAGCUGCGCAUCCCUGCACUGCAGGGGGUUGGACUAGAUGAUCCACAGGGUCCCUUCCAACUCUACAUUUCUAUUAUUUCUAUAAGAUCAGGCGUGGUUGGCUUCUAUUCUGUUCUUCUGUUCUCUGCAUCAAUCUGUAGGGAAAUUAAAUGACCAUUGCAUCUCCUUGCAGGCCCCCUUUUAAAAAGAAAGUGGGGAAACUAUGGAAAAUACAUGCAAAAGAAAUGUUAGAUUUGUGGGGCUGGUCCAUUCAAAAUUAAACAUUUGUGUGGCCUCAUCCUAUGCAUGUUGGCUCACAAGUGAGUUCCAUUCAGUUAACUGGGAUGUGUUCCCUAGUAAAUGUCCUUAGAACUGCAGACUUACAAAGUCCCUGCUGUCCCCAAAGUCAGUAAGGCGGGUGUUUGUACUUUUUGGUGCGCUGUGGAUUUACUGCCUAAACCAUGUUUUGAUUUCAGUGCUUCGUUUUUCUUUUUGCACGUUCCUCUGAAUACUUUUCUAGAAACGCAAGAUAAAAAGAAGCAAACAGAUAUAACCUCCAGAAUUUGCAGAUGCUAGAGAUAGGGCCUUCUCCGUGGUGGUCUCUCAUCUGUGGGAGUCCUUCCCAGUGGGUCCCAGUGGGCAAACAGUUGGCCCUUCAGUUCUGGAUUUUAAGUGGGCUUUGCAGCAAUUGUUUCAAACUGCUUUUAGCUGCCUUGUCUUCUGGCGAAUCACUUGGACGAGUUUUGACUUAUCCCAGGGGCUCUCCUGCAGCUGGUUUCAAGUGUGUUCUCAAUCGUAAUGUUACAGGUCGCUUGGCUGGACUUCCCUAGCUACUGUUUCAAAUUAUGGCCCUUUGGUUGAUAUUGUGCUUGUGUAUGUUUUAUAGCUGAAUAGUUUUAUGUAAGCCACCUUAAGAGGGCUUUUUGGCCCGGAAAGGUGGCUUAGAGAUACUUAAGAUUAAAUAACUAGAGGACUCUUGCAGAGUUUCUGUCGCUGUUUGUACUGGAGGAAGAGAGUCAUUUGGCUCGGCUCGAGGGGAGUUGUAUAUUUGGCUAUAUAUUUGUAUAUUGGCUGAGGUGUAUAUUUGUUUAACAGAAGGGGGUGAAACGCAGGAUUGAAGGCUCUGCUCUGAGCCAGCUUGGGAGGUUUCAAAGCCUUUGGAAGCCAGAUUUGACCCCAGGGCUUCCAGGUGCCUAUCAGUAUUGCAGAUUCCAUCAGAGCAUGAAACAACAACUUCUGGUUUCCAUGUAGGAAUGGCAGGCCAGACAAACCCAGCCUAGCCUGCUCCUGUGCAGCUGGAGCUACAGCCAUGAGUUAGCCAAGAGAAGCUCUUAUUUUAACCUCUUCCUUGCUGCACUUUAGGUGACUAGUGAAAGGACAGCUGCAGGGGCCAGUCUGCAAGUUCAUAAAAGCAUAGAGUUGGGAGCAGGGAUGGGCUCAGUGCACAUUUAGAGUCGAAACUAUUAAACGCACUCUCUCAGAAGCAACACACAAACUGAAACUGAAAUUCGCACCUGUCUGAAUUUUUCAAUGCCGGUUUCCAACCGAUGUGUACAGAAAUGCAUACGUUAGGAGAAAGUGUGCAUUAAACUGAAACUGUCAGUGAAAUUCACAUACAAAAUGGCAUUCUAUCAGGGGGAAUGGCUUGCAAAAAUGUGUGCGCUGGUCAAAACCACGUGCAGAAAUGUGUUUAUUGUGAUAAAAUUACACUAAAACACUGAUGGAUGCUUAUGAUGGUUUUUUUUCUUAAAAAAACAUGAAUUACUGCAGAAAUGUGAAAUACUGAAUAUAAGGCUGGAAAAACGAGCAAUUGAGAGAAGUGAAAUCAGCAAAUCCUUCCAUUCGUGGUUGGAAGGGAUUUAGGGGGUGCGCUAGUCCUGGCAUGGGGAACCUCAGGCCCAGGGUCCAAAUGUGGCCCUCUGAAACACUCUGUCUGGCCCUUAGAACUCUCCCUGCAGACCACACCCCUCACUGGACCUGCUCUGCUUCCCAAAUCUUUUUGCCCGGUUGGAACAUGGCCCUGAACUCGCCCCUUGUUUGGAUGGAGGAUAGAGGGGGCCGUGCAGAAACUAGCCUGCUAAAGUUCCCCAAACCUCAGUUAGGUUAACUUUUGGUCUGGCUGUCAUGUCCUCAGAUUUGGGUCUUCAAAUAUGGGUCUGCCCUGAGCAAGUUGCAUACAAAGAUGGGGUAGGAUUUACAGCACAGAAAAGGCUGCGUUGGUGGGGGAUCCAAACCUGGGAUCUAGAUGUGCUUCUUCUCCCCACGCAAACCAAGGUUUGCUCUUGGCUCGCUGCUCUGAGCCUCUCAGCUGCUGUACUCCAUGUCCUCCUUCACUGCCUUUGACCAGGAUGUGUGCUUGAAAUGCCUCUUGCUUACAUGGACAAUGGAUGGAGAGAUGCAAGAGGGCUCCGGGUGGAAACCUCUGAAAUGUAGCCUACUGUACAAAGGUAAGAGUCACACCUGGCACCCCACCCUGCUUUUGCCUCUAGCCCUGUCCGCCACUGGCAUGUGGCCCCUGGAAGCUUGCCAGGGAGGCAAUGUGGCCCCCAAGUUGAGAAAGUUCCCCCACCCCUGUUCUGGGGCACCCACAGCUCACAAUUGGUGCUGCUCAGGCAGGUGGCGGAAUCCUAUCUGGCUCAGCUCUGAAGCUGCAAGCCCUGGCGGAGGAAGAGAGUCGGGGAGAGUGCACUGCCCCCGGCAGCGCGAUCCCGGUGGGGUACCAUCACGGCUGCCCCCUGCCCACGCUGGGUGCCAUGCCCUUGUGGGAGGCGCGCCAUGCCUCCAGGACGCACGCCACGCCCCCAGGACACAUGUGAAGCUCCGCCACUGGCUGCAAGCUCCCCUGGAGUCUCCUUCCUGGUCAGUUCACCAAACAUGUGUUUUACCCUCUCCAGCAAUCUCUAGCUGAGCAGGCAGCUAGCAGACUGUCAGGAUCAGUCAGACAUCUGGCCAGCAGAACCCUGGCACAAGGCGGAAGUCUGGUAUUGGAGCUCUGAUCAAGCAAAGCUGUUUCGCGGCUAUAGAGGACACUCCUUUUAAAAGAAAUCAUAGACCACAGAAUUGUAAGGUUGGAAGGGAACACGAGAGUCAUCUGGUCCUGCAAUGCAGGAAACUUUUGCCCAAAAUAGGGUUCGAACCCAUGACCAUGAGACUAAGAGUCUCAUGUUCUACCGACUGAGCUAUUCAAGAUGGAUGGGUCUGGAACCCUGAAGGGUGCAGCCCCGUGGGCAAAAAUCUCCACCUGGGGUCCACAGGAGAGGAUUCUGUUCAUUUCUGAAGGCAAGUGGAUUUCCAUAAUUGGAAGGGUUCUGAGGGUCAUCUGGUCCAACCUCCUUGCAGUGCAGGAAUCACAGCCAAGGGAGUCCUUAGCAUAUGCGCUGCUGGGGUGCAAAGAUCCGCCCAGCGCCCCCAAGUCUGACAAGCGCCGCUGUUGUGAAUGACAAGCGCGCCGUGUCUUUGGUAAAUGAGCGCACAGUCGAAAGUCCUCUAGUGAAACGGUAGGUAUACAUUUUGUUUUUCUAGCUUGGUCAAAAUGAUUUAUUAUUUCGUAACAGGUAGAUAAUUAAGAGCUUAGGCGACUUCAGUGGCAGGCGCCUGGCGCCCCCCAGAAUUCAGCGCCUAGGUGCCCCACACCCCUUGCACCCCCUGGUAAAGACGGCUCUGAUCAAAGCUAAUACAAGCAGAGCUUUCACCACUGUGGCUCUUUUUUAUGGAAUACCCACCUUGGGGAGCCUUCCAGGCUCUCAUCUCUGCAAGGAUUUAGAAGACCGAGAUUUUGCAGUUAUGGGCGGCUCCCAAUGCGAUGUCAGGCUGCCACCCACAGCUUAUCAUUCUGGUGGUUCUGUUUUGAUGGGUGGGGCAGGAAUGGUUGAGUGUAACAGAUGGGAACCUCGGUGGAUCUUUGCAAAACAGCUGCCAAGAGUUGGUAGGAAGGUAUAGUUUUAAGUCGAGAAGCUGCAGGCACGUGGCGAUGCAUAACCCUUCCCCUGCCUGCCGCUUUCCUCCUCUGUCCCCUUCUCCCUGCUGCCUAAUUUCCAGAGCAGAACAAAUAUGGUUAGUAAUCUGGAAAGCAAGUCCUAUAAGGAAAGAUGGAAGCAACUGAGGAUCUUCACUUUGGAGAAGGCUGAGAAAGGACAGGCUAACCCUCUUCAAAUACCCAAAGGGCUGCUACAUAGGUAAAGGUAAAGGGACCCCUGACCAUUAGGUCUAGUCAUGGCUGAUUCUGGGGUUGCGGCGCUCAUCUCGCUUUAUUGGACGAGGGAGCCGGCGUACAGCUCCCGGGUCAUGUGGCCAGCAUGACUAAGCCGCUUCUGGCGAACCAGAGCAGCACACGGAAAUGCCGUUUACCUUCCCACCGGAGCAGUACCUAUUUAUCUUCUUGCACUUUGACGUGCUUUCGAACUGCUAGGUUGGCAGGAGCAGGGACCGAGCAACGGGAGCUCACCCCGUCGCGAGGAUUUGAACCACCGACCUUCUGAUCAGCAAGUCCUAGGCUCUGUGGUUUAACCCACAGCGCCACCAUAGAAGAGAGCAAAGACUUCUUACCUGCUUCCUGCCAAGGCAGGACUGGAUCAGGGGCAGAGCUAUCUGCUCCGGCACCCAGAGCGGCGCACAUGCUGCGCACCUGGGGGCGGGGCUAGCUGCCGUGGGGGCGCCACCCACAGCGAGUGGUGAGCAUCCCGGGGGGUGCCGCCCACAGUGAGCGGCCCAGGGGGCUGUGUGACGAUGUCACUCCCCUCAGGGAGGACACCUGGGGUGGGCCACACCAACUACACCCCCUUCCUCCACCAGUGGACUGGAUCUAAGGCCGUUUCAAGAAGGGUAAUUUUGGUUGAACAUUAGGAGACACCCCAAUGUUUAAUGGAAGAGCAGUUCACCCAUGGAAUCAACCUUGCAGUGGUGGGAUCUCCCUUGCUGGAGGUCUUCUCUUUGGAAUGCUCUGGGUUGGAAUUCUGUGUAUCAAGCAGUGGGCUAGACUCUAUGGCCUUCAGGGACCCCUUCAACUCUAGGAUUUCCCUGCAAAACAGCAUGUCCAGAAACUUAGCUGCGGUGGGGCAGGGUUUCGCAGGGAGAAAGUGGCGGGUGGGGAAGGGUUAAGCACCCCAUUCCGCUCACUGCUUCUCUGCUUCAAAUCAUGCCCUCCCCACUCUGCUUUUCAACUGUUCAGCAGAGAACCAGAUUCUCUGCAAAAUGUCUCAUUCCAUCCUUAAUGGCCAGAUUUUACUUGAUUUUAUCGUAGGCUGCUGUGGGAGGGAAUCAUGUGAGCUUGACUCUUUCAUUCCCCACAAGCCCUAUUUAUCCUGGCAUUCCCAUUCAGCUGUAUGUUAGUGCAGGUUUGGUAGUUGAUACAGAGUAAGCCAGCUUCCUUUGAUGUUUCUGUGUUUACCUCUUUUCUUUUCUUUUACUGUUUUUGGUAUAGCACUUUCCUAAAGUAAACUCAGCCCUGUGGAUGGGAGGCUUAUAUAAAUCUUAUUUGGGGCAAGUGUGUUAAAGAUGAUCUCAGCUGCUACUUAAAAGCAGUUCGCUGAAGAUGGCUGCAUUCCAGUCUGCAGUACAACUGUUUUUCAUGCAAAAUGCAUCAAGGGUAUAUAUUUUUUUCUCCCCAGUCUGGAAAGAGUGCUGGCAAAAGUUCUCUUUGGGGAUAUUCUUCUGGGCCCUGGUGAUAGGGAAUAUUUUUAAGUUAUAGCAUUCAUCAUCUUGUUAGGUCAGUUUUUAUUCCCAGCUAUGAGGUCAGUGUGCCUUUAGUUAUCUUUGGCCAGGUUUGCUGUUAAUCACCAUAAUCAAGUCCAGCGAUCAGAGGAUGAUACAGUGAAAUAUAUUGAGGCCCGCUGAUUGGAAUUAGCAUUCGGGGCAGAGCAGCUUAUGAUUCACGAAGUGUGAUGCAGAUCAGGAAUUGUGGAUAUGUGAGAAAAUAAGAAGAGCCUUGCUGAAUCAAGCCAGCGCCCAUCUAUGCCAGCAUCUUGCUAUCACAGUUGCCAACCAAGUGUCCAUUGAAACCCUGCAAGCAGGACCUGAGUGUCCAUUCCUGGGUUUUCUGCAACUAGUAUUCAGAAGCAACAGUGAAAAUAGAACAUAGCCACCUGGCUAAGUAGCCAUUGGUAGUCCUCUCCUCCUUGAAUUCGCCCAUUCCUCUUUUAAAGCCAUUCAAAAGCAAGCCUGAUGAGGAACAGUUGAAGGAAUUGGGUAUGUUUAGCCUGGAAAAUAUUUAUGGAAAAAAAAUAUGGAAAAGUGGGAUAGAUAUAAGAUAUAUGUUCAAAAUGGUACAUUUAUGAACAUUUACUAUAUAUAUAUAUAUAUAUAUAUAUAUAUAUAUGACCCUAAUUUUUUUAUUUCAGUUAGAACGUGGUGCUGAUAACAGCAAGAUUGCAGGUUCGAUCCCCGCAUGGGGCAGCUGCAUAUUCCUGCCUUGCAGAGGGUUGGACUAGAUGAUCCUCCGGGUCCCUUCCAACUCUACAGCUCUGUGAUUCAACGACAGGAUUUCCCAGUCUGUCAACAGGCAUUCAGUAGAACCCUGGGGCAACACUGCAAGAACAGCUAUUCUCUCCCAGGCAAAUAUUAACUCUGCUUUGCUCUUGAUGCGGUUCAAUGGAUGCUGUCUCCGCACCAUUUAACUUGGUUGGUUUUUGGUAAUGCCUUCAUUGUUAACAUGAAACACAGACAAUAAGGCAUGAGCCUCACGUUACUUUUAAAAGCAUCAUUUGACCUGCUUAGAGUGGAUUCACUCAAACAAGGAAGCAGCGUCUGUAUGAAAUUCAACCCAUCAGGGAAGGCCAUAGCCCAGUCGGUGUAUGCAGAAGGCCUCCGGUUUGCCAUGGCUUUCUCCCAUAGAAACCUGGGACGUGUACUUUGUUAAAGGUGCCAGGAACUAUAGCAUUUUGAGGGGUCUCCUAACAACUUCCAGCACCCUUAAGAAGCUGGGGUUCCCAGGAUUAUUUGGGGGAUGCCAUUACUGUUAAAGUGGUAUAAGAGUGCUUUAAAUGUAUGGUGCAGAUGGGACCAAACAUUGGGGAGAAGGGGGGAUGAAGUUUCUGCCUGUGAUGAACAACAGCUGAUGGACUACAGCUCCCAUCAACCCUGACCAUUGGCCACACUGGCUGGGGCUGAUGGGAGUUCCUGUCCAACAGUGUCUGCAGUUCCACAGGUUCCUCAUACCUGCUGAAUUCAUAUUCAUGGAAUUGGAGAGUUGGAAGGAACCCUAAGAUCAUCUUUCUACAGUUAAACCAUGCUACAUGAUUGGGGUGUGCUAAGCUCAUUGUGUGAUGUCUACAUGUGGCCUUUGUAUAUGUUAAGCCCAGUGUGCUUGAAUUACUGAAGAAAAGGUGUGCAGGGGCGCGGUCCUUUAAGAAAUCCCAAGAACAUGGAAAUGUAGCCUACCAGCAUCUUCCCAGGCUAGUAACUUUUGAGUGUUAUUUGCAAGGGUGUAUAAGGCCAGUCCUUAUGCCUUUCUAUGCUAAAACUCAUAGGCUAGAGAUCAUGGGGUUUGGGUGCCAGUGAAAAUAAACGACGGCACUGUCUGCCACAUAAUACAGUUUUGAACAAGGACUUCUGAGAGAUUAAAAUCUAUCACUGUGCUCCGAAAGAGAUACCGUUUCCAUGUGACUGCCAAUAUUUCCUGUUCCUAGCAGAAGAGCAUUUCCUGUUUCUAAUAUCAGCCCAAUGCAGAAGGCCCAGCGAUACACAAAAAAUAAGCCUGGCAUUUUGGAAAGAAAGACAAGGUUGGAAUGUGUGUUGUUCCCUGUAGUACAGGAAAAAGAUGGUCAGUGUAUUAUUUUAAUAGAACUGUUUCCAUUAUUCCAGAGGAGCUAAUUCUAGCCAUUAAACUGAGCUCUUGAUGAGAUUUAUGAACCCUGGAAUUAUGCACGUAAACAUCAACAUUUCAGGCUUCCUUGAAAGCAAACAAUUGUGUCAUCAUUGCGCAAGCAAAUAUGUGUAAUUACGGAACCUGUGCUUCAGGAAUUCUUGAGGAAUUCAUUCUUUGCAAAUUCCUAGACGGAUCAGCCUGAUCUGCAGCUCCAGAACUAAUGAGUGCACUACAUUCCUCCAGAUAUCGUGACAGAUAUCUGCUCAAAAACUGUCCCCUUUUUUAUUUUAAAAAUCUGCAUUUUGGGAUAAACUACAGCUAGAAAUGCAUAACAUGAGAGAAAAUAUAUAUUUGCAAAUGCAUAUUUUUGCGAGAAAAUGUGUAUCUAAAUAUAAUUUCUGUGCUUUUUUAUUUUUUAAAAAUCCGCAAAUUAAUGCAGAAACAGAAUGACACAGACUUAUGAAUGAGCACGUGCAAAGCUGUUACAAUCUGGAAUUAGUUUUAGCCAUCCAUUGCUAUGUAUAAUUAGAGUACAAUAUGUGUGUUGAAAAUUGCCUUCAGUCAGAUCAGACUAUGCUUCUCUUGCCAAUUGCUGUCUAUUUUGAUUGGCAGAAGCAUGCCAGAGCCUCAGGUGGGGGCCUUUCACAUCCCUUUUAUCUGAUAUCCUUUUAAUGGCAAAUACCAGGGAAUGAAUCUGGGACUUUGCACAUUUAGCAUAGUUACUCUGCCUCUGAGCUGCAAGUCUUCCUUCCUUCCUUCCUUCCUUCCUUCCUUCCUUCCUUCCUUCCUCCUUUUUCUUGUACCGCUGCUGGCAAGAUCUGGCAGGAGGAGCUGUACAGCAAAAGUGUCAAUACUGAUACAGCCAUACCUCGGGUUACAGACACUUCAGGUUGCGUGUUUUCGGGUUUCGCACCGCGCCAAACCCAGAAGUACCAGAACAGGUUACUUCCAGGUUUCGGCGCAUGUGCAGAAGUACUAUAUCGUGCUUUGCGCAUGUGCAGAAGUGCCGAAUCACAACCCGCGUGUGUGCAGACGCGGAGCUGUGGGUUGCGAAUGCUGCGGGUUGCCAAUGUGCCUCCCGCAUGGAUCACGUUCGCAACCCGAGCGUCCACUGUAAUGUACUAGGGAACGAACAGCACUUUUAACUGUGUGGGAGCUGUGUAGAGCAGUGGUUUUCAACCAGUGUGCCGUGGCACCCUGGGGUGCCUUGGAUGAUGGUCAGGGAUGCCACGGGCAACCCUGGCCUCUGUCCCUGUUUCCUUCCCUCCCUCCUCUGAUGCCCUCUCACAUCUCUGCCUGCCAAAGUCUUGCACAGCUGUUUACUGCAGCAGCCCUGGCUACAAGCUCCCCAGGCAAAUGGAGCCUCUGGGGCUGGCUAAGGGGUGCUGGCUACCAGGAGGUGAGGCGGGCCUCAGAGUAAGCAAGCAAGCAGACAAGGGAGCCCAGCCAAUCAAUCCACCAUCCCUUGCUGUCAGGAACAGACAGACAAGUCCCAGGCCCCUGUGGGGCAGUGUGAGGAGGCACAGUUCUUUGGGGCUGGGAGGCGGGGUGGGAAGCUCAGAGACUAGGGCUCUGAAGGAGAGGGGAGAGGAGAGGAGGCUGAGGGAACCCUCCACAAGGGAGGGUGUUUGAAAAAGGGUGAGGGGCUGCCAGCUCUGCAGGCAAGGGGUGACACAACUGGGUUCCUGAGCCCCACAGGAAGAACGUAGUUGGUCAAGGGAGCCGUGGACUCAAAAAGGUUGAAAACCUCUGGUGUAGAGACAUCCAGUGUCGGAGGGAAGGAACCAAAGGAGCAGGCCCUCUCCUGGCAUUGAUAACGCAGGAGGGCUCAAACGCUUUAGGGGCCCUAGGGAUGGAGUAGACAUGUGAUUCGGUUUGCAUUUGAAAGCAAACAUCCCUAAUUCAAAACAAAACAAAAUAAUAAAAUAAAAUAAAAUAAUUCCUUCCAGUCGCACCUUAGAGACCAACUAAGUUAGUUACUGGUAUGAGCUUUCGUGUGCAUGCACACUUCUUCAGAUACCUAAUUCACAAAUUCUGAAAGAAGAUGCAAAACAAAACAAAAAACACCCUUUGAAAUUUGCCCCCUCUCAGAGUUUUGCGGUGCAGUCCUCCAGCCAAGUAAUGUGUACUAAGAUGCAUAUACUAGUGUAAACUGUGCAAAUAAAUGCACAUUUUAGUGAAAAUAACAUAUCUGGUGCAAAUAUGCAUUAUAUUUGGGGUAACUGCUUUGCAAAAAAAUGUGUGACUUGGGCAAGAUUGCAUGGGGAAAUGUUAGGAGAAAUCUGUGCUAAAGUUAGCUGAUGAAUUUACACGAGGACUUCUUUUUUUAAAAAAACAAAACCUCACAAACUGAUGUGGAAAUGGGAAGAAUUGAAUGUAAGGUGGAAAAAUGAGAAACUGGGUGAUGGAAACACCUUAAAUUGACAAAUCAGCCCAUCCCUAAGAGGUGUGCACAGGCAAUUUGGGGGAUGGAGCAUGCACCUCUACACAGUUUGAAUAAUCGUAUAUUUCUUUUAAAAAUGCCCGAGCGGGGCUUUUGUAAGCCUGAGGGGAGGGGGCCUGGUCUGAUAAAGUGUGCAAAACUCUGAGUUAGGGAAGGGAACUAUAAAUGCCUUAAUAUAUGUGAAUAUAUUAUAUGGCUAUAAUUUAUUUGCCAAAUGCUGUUUACUACUUUUUGUAAGCUAUUUAGCUCUCAGGCAAGGCAUGAUAUUAGGUAUGGGUCUACUGUACCUUUUAAGUAUGCUGUGGCAUAGCUGUCAACGUUUCCCUUUUUUUAAGGGAAAUUCCCUUAUUCCGAAUAGGAUUCCUCGCAAGAAAAGGGAAAGGUUGACAGCUAUGUACUGUGGGAAAACCCACAAGGAUUUACUUAUUGUGCGUGAUUGGCUGCAAACACGCUGUACAUUUAAAGCUCCCCCCCCCCCAAAAAAAGAAGAAGAAUGGGAACUGUAGUUUAAGGGUGCUGGAAAUUGCAGUGCUGUGAGGGGGAAACUAUGGCUCCCAGGAUUCUUUGGGGGAAUCGAUGUGCCUUUAACGUGACUUAAGUGUAUGGUGUGUGUGUUCAGCCUUUAUUUGUUUCUAAAGAAAGAACUUCCUUCAGCUGCUGAUUUGAAGGCUGGCAGCCGUCCUCUUCAGGGAUUACUGGCCACACAUAAGGGGAUGUUUUGUGUUCCUGAGAGAGGCUUUGCCCUCCCAUUGUUCCUUUCAGCCUCCUCACCUUGAGAAUUCUGCUGAGCCUGAUUCAGCAGAAUCGCCCACUAAUUCACAUACCAGUCUGUCAGGUUCCACGGGAGAGGUCUCCUUCUCUACUGCUAGAAGCAAAGAUCACAAUAAUGCAGGUGUGCCCAGUGACUGAGAGUUCAAAUGUUGGCUGGUGAGGAAAUGUUGUGAUUCGGGGAGUAUCUGGCUCUGAAGCUGCUGCCCCAAUUCAUACAUUCAGUAUUCACCAUGCAAAUGAGACUCAUCACCAUAGUCCAGGGGUGAGGAACCUUUUGUGGCCAGCAAGCCAGAUCCUUAUCUCCCCAACCAACCCCACGAUGGGCCAAAUUUGACAUUACCUCGACACUUGGCAUUACUAUGACAUCAGUGAUGCUGCCCUUUGAAGCCCCGAAUAUUGGUUCUUCAAAGUGCAGCAUGGGGCUGUUUGAAAGCCCUUUUGCAAGCAGCCUCGUGCGCUGUCCAUACAGGCAUCCGUACGGGCUGCCUCUCGCAUGGCGGCCGUACGGGAUGCUGUGCAUGCGCACACCGUACGGGAUGCUGCACAUGUGCAGUCUGUAGGGACAUCGCACGUGUGUCACCGGGCCAUUCGCCCCGCUCCUUGGCGUCCUGCCCCAGGGGCCGGAGAGGGUUCCUCUGCCACUGCCUGAGAGGUGCCAGAACUGAGUUCCGGCUGACAAAACAAGCCCUGAUAAAACAUUUAGAAACAUUUAGGGCUGCCUUCAGAUGUUUCCCAAAGGUUGUAUAGCUGCUUAUCUACUUGGAUUGGGGAUCACAUAACUCCAUAGCCUCCAACAUUUCUCCGAUGAAAAUAGGGACGUCCUAAAAAAAAGUGGGACAUUUCAGGAUCAAAUCAGAUAUAGUGGUACCUCUGGUUAUGUACUUAAUUCGUUCCGGAGGUCUAUUCUUAACCUGAAACUGUUCUUAACCUGAAGCACCAUUUUAGCUAAUGGGCCUCCCGCUGCUGCCUUGCGAUUUCUGUUCUCAUCCUGAAACAAAGUUCUUAACCUGAGGUACUAUUACCCGAGGUACCACUGUACUGGGGUGGCUUUUGUAAAUCUGGGACUGUCCCUGGAAAAUAGAGACACUUGGAGUGUCAGCAGAGCCAGAGGCAAAUGUGAGCAGAGCAGUCAAUGUGAAGGUACCAUAGACAUAGCAAUCCAAAGUACUUAAGAUAAAAUCCAACUGUUUAUUCCUCUGGAAAGAACCUACAUUCCCCAAGCCUAGGAAAGAACAAGGAAGUCUACAAGAGCCAGGUGUUACAGGCCUUGCCACAGAGCAGGGAAAGCAGGGAGAAUGUGUUAGCAAACGGUUGGCAGAUGACAAAAUGCACACAGCAAAGAAUCUUCUCCCCGGCUUGUGUUUUGAUUUCUUUCGCUCUCGUCUCCUCCAAGAACUCAAGAGUAAUUUCCAGUCAUUGCAACUCCCUCCUGGCUGGGGUGGAGCUCUGGCUGUGCUCAACCAAGACGUCUCAGAGUGUAAAUCAUUCUCCUCUCCAAGCCUCUUUGCAGUGGCAAACUUCAGCUUCUGGAAGUAAGAUGCCUUGCAGCCAGGAAGAGGCAAAUGGCAGGCACAAAAAUAGUAAGAUGUCAUGAAAUAAAGACACCUUUAUUUACGUUACCUAAUCUGCUUGAAUUGCAAUGUUGAACUUGUUGCAGAAUUGAAAGCCAGCAUUGGGUGACGGCAGCUGAAAGACAUGGAAAUGCAUGUACUGUAUAUGCUCAGUUACAGGUGUUGGUCUGCCGUAAUUGAAACAAAAUAAAAAAAUUCCUUCCAGUAGCACCUUAGAGACCAACUAAGUUUGUAUCUGAAGAAGUGUGCAUGCACACGAAAGCUCAUACCGAUAACAAACUUAGUUGGUCUCUAAGGUGCUACUGGAAGGAAUUUUUAAAUUUUGUAUAUGCCCCCAAAUAUUCUCUUUGGGGGCUUCUGCCAGCUCAGGCGUUGCCAAACUUCUCAAACUUUAUGAGUGUAUUAAAGGCAGGGAAUGCGAACCAGGUCUCAGGUUAAACUUCUGAAAUCUCCAGGUAGGGUUGGGAAUGUUCCUGGAGAGCAGUUGCCAGUCAGUGCAGACAGUCAGAAGCAGCUUGUCAUGUUCAUCUUAGGGGAGUCAAUGUUUUUUCAGGCCUGCUCCAAAGUGAAGUCGGAGACCACUAGCCCUGGGUGAGAACAAGCCCCAAAGCCACAUUUAUGCCAACAGGGCUUCUGCUAGAAGCCCAGAAGAUACUAUGAGCCACCUGCUGCGAAGCUGAAAUUACAUCAAGCCACCUUCACAGCCUGUCAGUAAGGAGGUAAUAAAACACCCACUGUCUGCAUUUCCUUGUUCUUUUGACAACAGAACAGCUUCUGUGAAAUAUUAUUCACCUGCGGCUGAAAAAGCUCCCAGCAGUGGAAUUCCAACAGGCCCACAAAGCUUGCAUUUCUGGCAUUUCUUGAUUUUUUUCAUUUCUAAAAGCAGGUUGUACAAGUUUUUUUUAAAGAACACUUUCACUGCGGAAAAACAGGAAAGCAUCAGGGAAACAGCCCUGUCCUGUUAUUUAUGGACUCGCCUUUCCCCCGGACUGUGCUUUAGCCCAACACCUGUUUGAGCGGCAUUCAUGAGAUGGGAACAACUAGGAGUGUUGUCAGCGUAGAGUUAAGCUGCAUGGAGUUCAAUUUGUCCCAGGGCACAGGCUCCAAAGAAUCUGUUCUCAGCACUAGGACUUCGCCCUGGGGUGUGUGAAGUGCUGAAAAAGACGAGCACCUCUGAGAGUAAAAUGAAUUGAUAGUACUCGACCACAAGCAAACUCAAUCUCCCUGAGAUGCUAGUUUGCAGCUAUGCGUUAUUCUAUUUUCCACAGAGGGAAUCAUUUAUAUUUGGAAAGAGUUGCAGCCUGACAGCAACAUGCUGAACGGACCAAAAGUCUCAGGCUCAAUCCCUGGUGAAGACUCUGAAUCUCAGCGUUGUGGGUUCGAGUCCUGCCUUGGGCCAAAGAUUCCUGCCUGGCAGGGGGUUGGACUAGAUGAUCCGUGAGGUCCCUUCCAACUCAACCAUUGUAGGGGCUGGCGUCGCCCCGGGCGCAAUCAAGGAACACACUCCUCCGCUGCCUUUAAAUGCUUCUCCCUAUUUUUUCUUUUGCUUCUCUAUACCAUGAAUCCUUCGUGCUUUUCUAAAGAAAAGAGAGGGAGGAAGGCUUUUUAAAAUGCCAUUAUCCAAGCUGACCUCAAAGCCAGGAGCCCUCCAAGGUCAAAAUGCUGACAAAACACAGUCCUGAUAAAAGCCCUGUCCUCAGGAGCAUUGUAGAUGCUGCAAACCUUUGGGAGGGGACAGAGGUUAAUUUGUGAAUAGAGGUUAGUGAGAAAACUGGGGACCAAGCAGCUAAUGUCAACAAGGAGCUGUUGGUUUUUCCUGUGGAUGAGACAAUGCCUUUGGAAAGUUUUCUUUCAAAAACCGAAACUACAGUUAAAAACUGAUCUCAUGUUGCAGAAUGUGUAUCUAACGGGGAAUGAUUCCAGAUGCAGAAAUUGCUUAAUCAUGGUUUCUUAGAUUUCACCGAAUUAGGUCCUCGAUCAGACAUAGCCAGAUGCUUUUUCUUUCUUUCUCGGAACUAGCAAACUUUUAUUGUUUUCCUUGGAUGUAGGAUUGUUUAAAAGUAAUAUUUUCUGUAUGCUGUAAAAUGGUUUUAAGAACGUAUGAAUUCCGUGGCAGAAUGACAACAAAGUCCAUAUAGUCCAAUAUUGGCUGAUGUGAAUUAUAGGCCAAAACAUUGCAUUAUAGAAUUGUAGAGUUGGAAGGGACCCUAAGGGUCAUCUAGUCCAACCCCUUGCAAUGCAGGAAUCUCAGCUGAAGCAUCCAUGACAGAUGGCCAUCCUUCUAGAACGGAAGGUUGCAAUAAAGCAGUAAAUUGGCUUCCUUUGAAUACUCUACAUCAGAGGUAGCAAUGAGCCGCCCUUCAGAUGCUACAGGACCAAAUGUCACACCAACCUUGACGGCUGGUCAAUCCAGCAGAGUUCGAGUCCCACAGCACUUGGUUAUCUCAUGAUAUUGUAGAGUGGGAAAAGGUUCAGAAAAAGGCAAGCCAACAUGACCAAGUGGGUGGAGCAACUUGUCUACGAGGAAAGGUUGCAGUUUUUGGAACUUUCUGGUUUCGAGAAAAGGCAAGCGAGAAGGGGGCAUGAUAGACUUUGUAAAAUCAUUCAUGACAUGGACAAAGCGGAUCGAGGAAGGAUUUCUCUCAUAACACUUGAAGAUUCAAAUGUUAGAAGAUUUGAGACAGAUGAAAGAACUUCUUCACGCAGUGUGGAACUGAACUGUGGAACUCACUUCCGCAAGAGGCAGUCGUGGUGGUCGUCAACACAAAUGGCCCUAAAAGAGGACUGGACUGAUUCAUGGAGAAUAAGACUGUCAAUGGCUAUUAGCCGUGAUGACUAUGCUGUGCCUCCAGGAUUGGAGUCAACAAAGCUUCUUCUUUUUUAUAAUAAUAUUUUAUUGAUUUUCCACAUUUUUAACAUCCUCACAAUAUUCAUUUUUCGUCUCUACUUUUUAGGUUCUUUUGAACCUUUGAACUUCCCUCCAGCCCCUUCAUGGGUUCUUUCUUUAUCCCAUUAUUAACGGCAUCUUUUACGUUUUCUAAAUCAUUAUGUCAAUCAUAAGUAGAAUAUAGUAGAAUUUCACAUUACAAGUAUCUUCACAUUCCUGCCAGUGUCUUUAAAUUUUUACAGUGAUCUUUUAAAUAUAAGUACAAAUCUGUUCCAGUCCUUUUCAAAUUCUUGGUCUUCCUGGUUUCGGACCUUUCCCGUCAGUUUCGCAAUCUCCGCCUGGUCCAUCAGUUUUGCUUGCCACUCCUCUUUCGUUGGCACUUCAUCUUGCUUCCAUUUCUGGGCUAGUAAUACUCAGGAGGCAGCAAAGCUUCUGAAAUCACAAGAGGAAAGAGCGCUCUUGUGCUCAGAUUCUGCUUCAGGAAAGCUCUGGCAGGCUUCCAGAGAACGUUGACAUUCCUGGGCACAGAAUUUGACAGCCACGUUUCUCCUAGGUUCUCGAAUUAUUAUAAAUAAACCCCUCUUUACCUCUUUUUAAAAAUCAUAAUUUAGUGGGCUGCCCCUUUCUUUUAAGGGACGUGGGUGGUGCUGUGGUCUAAACCACAGAGCCUAGGACUUGCCGAUCAAAAGGUCGGCGGUUCGAAUCCCCGCGACGGGGUGAGCUUCUGUUGCUCAGUCCCUGAUCCUGCCAACCUAGCAGUUUGAGAGCACGUCAAAGUGCAAGUAGAUAAUUAGGUACCACUCCGGCGGGAAGGUAAACGCCGUUCCUGUGCGCUGCUCUGGUUCGCCAGAAGCUGCUUAGUCAUGCUGGCCACAUGACCCUCAUUUCCCCUGAUGAGCUGUACGCCGGCUCCCUCGGCCAAUAAAGCGAGAUGAGCACCGCAACCCCAGAGUCAUCCGUGACUGGACCUAAUGGUCAGGGGUCCCUUUACCGUUACCCUUUCUUUUGGUCAUUAAAAAUAAUAAUAAAUGUUCUCCUCUGUUUCUGCAUUCUUCUCCUUUCUUUUUUAAUGCUCAUAAAGAUUUGGUGCCCCAAAGGGUGUUUCCUUUCCCAGGCCUCCUUAUAUUGUUUCCUCGGUUCCCAUUUUUCAGCCCUCUGAGACACAACGUUGCUCAUAAACAUGCUUUCGGCUGGUGGAUUCAUGUGUGGUUCUCUAUAGCAACAAACAAAACCGUGAGUCAGAAACUGGCAUAGAGCUAUAAACACGUUGUCCGUCCCCACCCCCCUCCCCAGACAUUGCCCAGCGUUUUCUUAAUUUCUGUGGCAUGCUGCUGAGUCCUGCUGUAGAAAAUGAAGUUGCCCCUGAUAUCUACUCUGAGUUCCUAACAGAAGUACACCCCUUUUUAUUGGCCCUCCAUCCCCAAGUGGAGGGGGAGGGGGAAGCUGAGCCUGCCGAAUUUCAUUCUGUCAUGCAAUUGUUAAAGUUCUCCAGAGCCCCCCAUCAGAAAAUUUGCAGACACCAUGUCAGCAACAUUUUAAUUUUGUGUUGCACUUGAAUGACUGAAAAACAGGUUCAGUUCUUCUUCCUCACCCCAUCCCACCUCCUGCCCCCAACUCCUGGAAAUUAGGAACAGAGGAGCCAGAUGCAAAAGGGAACAGGAUUCCUGCACCUUUAAUAAUUUACUUGCAUGGCAUCCAGCCAACCUAGGUAGGAAAUUCACAUAGGUACCUCCGGUUAGCCACUGGCCUGGUCCAGAUGCAAAGUUCUAGAUCCAACAGCUCACAUGUUAGAGCACAUCCUCCAAGUGUCCCUAUUUUCCAGGGACAUCCCUGAUUUAAAGAAGCCACCCCACUUUCUGAUUUGAUCCCAAAAUGUCCCACUUUUCCUUAGGAUGUCCCUAUUUUCACUGGAGAAACGUUGGAGGGUAUGGAGUUAUCCGACCCCCAAGCCAUCUGAAGGCAGUCCUGUAUAGGAAAGGGUUUUGGUUUUUUAAAAAAAAAAGUUUAAUUUUUUAAUGUUUUUAUAUAUCGUAUUUUUCGCUCUAUAGGACGCACAGGACCAUAGGAGGGGGAGAACAGGGGGGGGAAAAUCUCCCCCUUUCUGCUCAGCGCCCCUUCAGCGAAGUGGCAGGAGAAACGGAGCCCCUUCCAUUUCUCCUCCCGCUUUGCUGAAGGAGCGCUGCGCAGAGAGGGAAAACUGUGCAGCGCCUCUCCAGCGAAGCGAAGCCUGGAGAGCAAGAGGGAGCGGUGUGCACCGAGCCCUCUUGCUCUCCAGGCUUCAGGCGGCUAUCAGCAAGCCUUCGGAGUGCAGCGAGAAAGCAAUGUGAAGCCUCCGGAGCGCGGGGGGAGCGCUCCCUCUGCGCUUCGGAGGCUUCGCGUUGCUAUCGCUGAAGCCAAGGAGCCUGCAUUCGCCCCAUUAGACGCACACACAUUUCCCCUUAAUUUUUGAAGGGGAAACAGUGCCUCUUAUAGAGCGAAAAAUACGGUAUGUCAGAAGCUGCCCAGAGUGGCUGGGGCAAGCCAGUAAGAUAUGUGGGGUAUAAAUAGUAAAAUUAUCAUUAUGGAAUGGGACGUCCCUAUUUUCACUGGAGAAAUGUUGGAGGGUAUGUUAGAGAAGGAACAAAAUCAGGCUUCAAGAGCUCUAUCUUUUCCCCUUUCCUGUGCCCGCAGCAAAAUCACAGUUUUGUGGUUUGGAUGUUGCGAGGAAAGCAUGAUUUAAUAGGUAGCAACUCAAUGUUUGGCAGAUAGAGAUCUCUGUAGUAGCAAUUUAUCUCUGGAACUCUCUGCCACAAGGAAGUGCAUGUGGUCAUCAUACUUCCUUCACUGGCAAAGAACCCCAUGCAAAAUGACUGCUGCCUGUAAAUAGUUUUAAUUGGAUUUUGGAUAAAUGUGCAAUUAAUUGUGGCUGUUUUGAAUUUUAUUGUGUAAUUAUCUUCCUUAGUGUGUCAGGCAAACCACUAUUCUGAGUCAUGCUUUUUUAAAGAGCAGGGUAGGGGGCAUUGGGGAUGAAUAUAUGCAACCAAGGGGGCAGCGGCUCCAAAAAGUUCAGAAACCACUGGUCUUGGGCAAAUGUUAAAUGUGUUUUCAUCACUGAUGAGAUUAUAUCUCACAAUCCCUAAAUGUUCUUCUUGGUCACUUGAAUAUGAUUAGUUCACUCUGGGCAACAUGACUGACUGUUGUUGAACAUUUCUGGAACAUAAAGAAGGUUUUUUGUUUGUUUGUUUUCCUGCAUCACAUGCUUAAGCAAAAGCACUUCUGGCCCAGCUUGCUUAGGAACAUGCCUCGGUAAAUGUCAAAACUCGCUUUCAGACAUUCUGCCAAUGUUUUGUGUAAAUACAGUAGCCAAAACUCAGAAUUCAAUCGCAGACUAUGAAUGAGAUUCAUAAACUAAAAUAAGAGCAUGUGAAGAGCUCUGCUGGAUCAGGCCAUGGUCCCAUCUAAUCCAGAAGCAUCUUCUUCAUCAUUUUUUAUAUUUCAUUUAUGAUUUUAAGUUUUAUACAUUUCAAUAAUUUUUUAAUCAUUUUAACAUUUCAAAACUCGACUUCCUUCCCCCCCUUUCUACGGUUCCUUAAAUUUAUUUUUAAUAUUUUCUGCAUUUCCAAAUUAGCUUAAUUUGCUCAUUUAUUCAUCUUCUUUAAAUAUAUGCUCUUUUAAAACGGCAGGUUAUUACAAUAAACCUGCCAGUGUUCUUAUCUGUUUACAGUUUGUUUGUAAAUAGUCUAUAAACCAUUUCCAUUCUUUUAUAAAAAGUUUGUUAUCUUGAUUUCUUAUUUUUGGGGUAAGUUUCGCCAUUUCUGCAUAUCCCAUAAGUUUUUGUAACCAUUCUUCUUUUGCUGGGACUUCUUGUUUCCCUUUUGGGGCAAGUAACAUUCUUACUGCUGUAGUUGCAUAUAUGAAUAAAUUUCUAUACUGUUUGGGUAGUUCUGUCCCUAUAAUUCCCAAAAGGAAAGCUUCUGGGUUGUUGUUGUUUUUUUACAAACUUUAUUUUUAAACAUCUUUUUCAAUUCAUUAUAUACCAUUUCCCAGUAAGCUUUAACCUUAGUACAAGACCGCCACAUGUGAUAAAAAGAACCUUCUUUCUCUUUACAUUUCCAACACUUGUUUGGUUUGGAUUUAUACAUUUUUGCCAAUUUAUUCAGUGUUAGGUACCAUCGAUAUAUCAUUUUCAUAUAAUUUUCUCUUAGACCGUAACAUGCUGUAAAUUUUAUAUCCAUAUUCCACAAUCGUCCCCAUGCCUCCAUAUCUAUAUUAUGGCCAAUAUCUAUUGCCCAGUGUAUCAUUGAGGAUUUUACUUGCUCAUCCUUUGUCUCCCAUUCCAAUAAUAUCUUAUACAUUUGAGACAACAAUUUUACAUUACAUUCCAACAGGUCUCUCCCCAGUUGUGAUAUUUGUUCCCCCAACAUCCUCUUCUUACAGUGGCCAGCCAGAUGCAGCCAGAUGCCUGCGGGAAGCCCACAUUUAGGCCUGAGGGCAACAGCACUCUGCCCACCUGCAAUUCCCAAUGGUUACAAGUUUUAAAUUCACAGUCUCGUUCUAUUUGUUGCUCACUCUCACUCUUGCUCUCUCCGUUUCUCUCUCUUGUUGGGCACUCAAAUGCCAACUCUUACAAUACAAGAAUACAGUGGUACCUUGGUUUACAAACUUAAUCCAUUUUGGAACUCCAUUCUUAAACCAAAGCAUUCUUAAACCAAGGCAUGCUUUCCCAUAGCUGCGGGGGAACACACUCAACAGGAAGCGGAAUAUGUUCUGUUUCCAAGGCAAAGUUCACAAACCAAAACACCUACUUCCAGGUUUGCAGCAUUCUUAAUCCAAGUUGUUCAUAAACUAAGCUGUUCUUAAACCAAGGUACCACUGUAUUUAAAAGCUAUUGGCUUCCCUCAUUCAGAGUAAACACUACUGCAGGGGUCAGCAACCUAAGGCCCAUGGGCCACAAGUGGCCCAUGGGGUUCGUUUAACCGGCCCCCGAGCCACCCCCGAACUGAGCCGCCCGCUCAGCGAGUCCCCGCAUGCUGUGCUAAACCAACACAGCACAGUGCGGGGACUCGCUUCCACGAUGCCAAAAAUCGUGUCUGCGCAGACGCAGAUGCCGGAAAUUGCAGGCGGGCACACUCACACACACACACGAUCCAGCCCACGGAGGGAUCUCCACUGGAGUAAACCAGCCCAGGCAAGGUAAACCUUGCCGAUCCCUGCACUACUGAGCUAAAUAGUAAAUGCCCUGCAACAUUCUUGGGACGCUCCUUUUUCGAUUUUGUGUGUACAAGAGUUCCGGAUCAAAAGACGCUCAUCUUCAGACUCUCGUGAGAGUGCCAGACCAGAAAAGGAGCAUCUUCUGACCCAGCUCUCUGGUCCAGCAGACUUGCACCAUAGCGAGCACAGGGAUGAGAAAUGGGACAUUCCGGGAUCCCAUCAAAAUUGCCUCACGGGUUCCAGGAUGCCCCACUUAAAACGGCUCAGUUCAGGCACAUAGAGCCAGUGUGGUGUAGUGGUUAAGAGUGGUGGACUCGCAAUCUGGGGAACCGGGUUUGCGUCUCCGCUCCUCCACAUGCAGCUGCUGGGUGACCUUGGGCUAGUCACACUUCUCUGAAGUCUCUCAGCACCACUCACCUCACAGAGUGUUUGUUUGUAGGGGAGGAAGGGAAAAGGAGAAUGUUAGCCGCUUUGAGACUCCUUCGGGUAGUGAUAAAGUGGGAUAUCAAAUCCAAAUCCAAACUCUUAAACCGGCUUCCUGCGCUCCAGUUAAAAACAGCAGCUUGGGAAAGCAAGCUGAACAUCCUGGGCAAAUAGAAAGGUCUUCACCUGUUGCUGAAAGAAUAGCAAACGUGAUGCCAGGCGAAUUUCCUUGAGAAGGGCAUUCCACGUGUGGAGCAACACAGACGAAAACACCUACUUCAGAAGUUGAGGAGGCUCAAACAAAGGCCUCUGAUAAUACUAUUGAGGCAGGGUCAGUGGAGAGAAAAUAACCUUCUAGCCACCUGGUUCCCAAACUAUUUAUUUUGCUAACAAGGCUUCCUCCACAACAUUCAGACAUGGGCCACAUCCACACCACACAUUUGAAGCACUGUACCACUUUAAACAAUCAUGGCUUCCCCCCAAUAAUUCUGACAGGUGUUUGUUUGUCAAGGGUGCAGAGAAUUGUUAGAAGACUCCAUCUCCCAGAAUGCUUUGGGGAAAGCCAUGGUUGUUUAAAGUAGCAUCACAGGUGCUUUAAAUGUAUGAUGUGAACAUGGCCCUACAUACACAGCCCUGAAGUAGUUCUAGGAUGCCAACUUCUUGACUGGCACCUACUUCUGUAUCUUUAAGGUAAAGGUAAAGGGACCCCUGACCAUUAGGUCCAGUCGUGGGCGACUCUGGGGUUGCGGUGCUCAUCUCGCUUUAUUGGCCGAGGGAGCCGGCGUACAGCUCCCAGGUCAUGUGGUCAGCAUGACUAAGCCGCUUCUGGCAAACCAGAGCAGCACACGGAAACACUGUUUACCUUCCCGCCGGAGCGGUACCUAUUUAUCUACUUGCACUUUGACGUGCUUUCGAAGUGCUAGGUUGGCAGGAGCAGGGACUGAGCAACAGGAGCUCACCCCGUCAUGGGGAUUCGAACCGCCGACCUUCUGAUCGUCAAGUCUUAGGCACUGUGGUUUAACCCACAGCGCCACCCAGCAGCACCUAAAUCAGCAGGCCAUGAGGGAUGCAGCUGGAAGCACCUCUCCAUGCAGUACAAAGCUUCCUCUUUCAAUUUCUGCAAGUCACAAGGCUAGGCCAAGGUGAUUUUUUUCAGGUCAGCUUGCAGCCCCAUCUGCUCAUGAGCAAUUGCAAAGUGUGCUUCUGUCAGCAGUGAGUCACUACAGAGAACACACACACUGCAUCAGAGAGAAAGUUUUCCAGACAAAUAGAACUUUUAUUUCUAUUCAAGAACAGAUUUGAACUCUGAUAGCUCCUUUUCUCUAUAAAUUAAAGGGCUGAUUCUACCAAUUGUCUAAACUCAUGAUUCCCAUAAAUAUCUUGUCUCCAAGCUUCCUUAUUAAAUGCCUGGCUCUCAUUGCCAAGCAAGUGUUAGGGUUUUCGUUUUGUUUUUUUGCAAGCAGUCAUGCCAUUUAUGGUGAUUUUUACACAGAGGCUAGAUGUUUCUUCUCUAGAAACAUCACCAAUAAAACCAGCAGACUCGUGACAACUUCUAAACUUACAGAAGUAUAUAACUCCCCCAACCGCCUGAUUUCUCUGAUCUUGUCAGGGUUCCUCUCAGCGUGUUGGUUGGUCUCAAAUUGUUGGUCUGGUCUAAAAUAAAAGGCACCUCUUUAGGACAGGGAGGAAUGGACGUGGGAGGGAGACCAAAGCCAUAAGCUUUCUUUUUUCUUUCUUUUUUGGAGUUUGCAAAGGAUUUUUUUUUAAUUUUUAUUUUUUUCAAUGCAGAAUCAUAACAAAAAUUACAAACAUUGAAUCCAAAAUAAUACUAUACAAAAAAACCCCGAACAUUAAAAAAAAACAGAAAAGAAAAAGGGAAAGGAAACAAAGGAAACAAAACAAAACUAAACAAAAACGAAAAAGCACACAUCUACAGAAAAAAACCAUAUUACGUACAUAAACACAUAUUGACUUACUUCCUUUGUUCUAAGACCUCAAAAAAUUUACUAUUACUAUAUUGUUGUGUCUAAUUAGAUUACUUCCACCUUUGUACUUUGUUCCAUGAAAAUCUUGUGCCAUAAUAAAGUUUGUUGCAUCUUUAAGGUGCCAAAAUACAGUUGAAUGUGCAAAAAUGCACAGAGCUAUAAUUUCCAGAGUGCUUUAACAAUCCGUACUCCUUCUCAGGGAACUCUGAGAAUUGUAGCUUUGUGAAGGGAAUGUUGUUGUUGUUUAGUCAUUUAGUCAUGUCCGACUCCUUGUGACCCAUUGGAUCAGUGUACUCCAGGCACUCCUGUCUUCCACAGCCUCCCGCAGUUUGGUCAGACUCAUGCUGGUAGCUUCGAGAACACUAUCCAACCAUCUCGUCCUCUGUCGUCCCCUUUUCCUUGUGCCCUCAAUCUUUCCCAACAUCAGGGUUUUUUCCAGGGAGUCUUCUCUUCUCACGAGGUGGCCAAAGUAUUGGAGCCUCAGCUUCAGGAUCUGUCCUUCCAGUGAGCACUCAGGGCUGAUUUCCUUAAGAAUGGAGAGGUUUGAUCUUCUUGCAGCCCAUGGGACUCUCAAGAGUUUUCUUGGCAGGGAUACUGGAGUAGCUUGCCGGUUCCUGCUCCAGGUGGAUCACGUUUGGUCAAAACUCUCCACUAUGACCUGUCCAUCUUGGGUGCUCUGCUCGGCAUAGUUCAUCGUUUCUCUGAGUUAUUCAAGCCCCUUUGCCACGGCAAGGCAGUGAUCCAUGAAGGGGGUGAAGGGAAUAGGGGUCUCCUAACAACGCUCAGAGACUACAAUUCCCAGGAUUCUUUGGGGGAGGGCCUGAAUGGUUAAAGAGGCAUGAUACUGCUUUAAAUGUGCUGUGGCAGAUGGGACCUUUGAGUGUGUUUACCCAGCUGUCCUUGAGCUGUAACAGUGUCUCUUGCUUGGAUGAAGAGGGUGUGCACCUAGAAACCGCUGGCUUCCGUGUAGCUGGAAUGUGGCCUCUUGCACAAGGGUAGCCCAUUGGUUGCAUCACACAUUUUUACCUCUGGGAAUUCCCACUGUGUUUUGGCCAUGCUCACCAUUCACAUGUGAGCGCCCCUGAAGCUUGCACCCAAGGAGAUACUUUAGUCGGGCAGGAAAAGGCCCCACCUCCACCCCUGUACUAGACUGUAGCUGAAACAGAAGCAUGAGGGCUGUCUUAAAGCGCUUCUCAAAAGUGCUGUUUGAAACAGCCACACACAUCUUUCAAGUAAAGGAGAAAGGGGCAGAUGCUUCAAACAGCACUUUUGCAAAAGGCUUUAAACUGCACAUUUGGCAGGUGUGCACAUCCCUGUCCACUUUUCAAUCCUGUGAUGACAUAAUGAUGUCAUGUGAUUGGCAGGUUGUUAAAUAUGGUCCAUGGGGUUCGUCCCGAAACAGUAAGGCUCCACCCACACCCAUGCUAAAGGAUAAGGAAUAAAAUGAUCAACCACAUCUAACUGGCGUAUUUAUUAGUCAGCAAACUCUUGUUUGGCCUUCAGAGAUGGAAUACAUUGGCACAGAAAUGAUCAUUCAACAGAACACCCAUGAGUCAUUUAAAAAGCACUUUUUUUUAGUGAGGAUUUCAUUUGACCAAGUGUGAUAUCAGUUCCCUCAUGGGACAAAUCCAGUCAUAAGUAAUUGUUUGACAUUUCCCUGUUAACAAUGGACACAAGUGUGCAGCUAAUACAUUGGGAAUGUGGCAGGAUGGAAAGAGGCGAAGCAAAUUCUGAAUAACAAAUUACCAGCAACAGUUGCAAAGCUUCUAGAACAGGAGUAGGGAGUAUUUUUGUAGCCUGGGGUCCACAUUCCCCUCUUUUUGUGGGGCCAGAGGCAAAAGUUUGUGGAACAAUGGGUGUGACUGUAUCCCUUGUACAAUAGACUGUGAUUCAGCCACACAAAAUUCAGAGGUUUCUACUCACAUACACACUUCUCCAUCCCCAACCCAAGCGUUAUCAUUGCUCAAAGACAAAUUCUAGUAAAAUGUUUGAGAGGGCAUUGAUUGGGGCCAGUGAAGAGAUGUGGCCUGGAAAUAGGUGUGGCUGUGUGAGAGUCCCAAUGGCCAGAUAGAGAGCAUGGAAGAUCACAUUUGGUUCUGGGAUUGAGGUUCCACACCCCUGUUCCUUGGGAUACCUAUGCAGUGGUAUCUCGGGUUACAUACGCUUCAGGUUACAGACUCCGCUAACCCAAAAAUAGUGCUUCAGGUUAAGAACUUUGCUUCAGGAUGAGAACAGAAAUUGUGCUCCAGCAGCGUGACGGCAGCAGGAGGCCCCAUUAGCUAAAGUGGUGCUUCAGGUUAAGAACAGUUUCAGGUUAAGAACGGACCUCCAGAACGAAUUAAGUACUUAACCUGAGGUACCACUGUAUAGCAAAAUGUGAUCUAUACAGGAUGGGGUAUCUAUACAGGAGGGUACCUUGACCCUCCAGAUGUUUCUGGACUAUCCCCUCAAUGGUUGGCAAUGAUGGGAGUCUCAUCUCAGUAACAUCUGGAAAGCCAAAUGUUCCCCACACCUGGAGUAUGGCGACUGAGCCUCCAAAGUCAAGCUGAUUUUCACUUUUGGUGAAAUCGGGCAACAGCUAAGGGAUGCACAGAAGCCCCUCUGUGAAACUUUACUUGUCUUGCCAAAGCUCUUUUGGGUACCCAUUAAAUUGCUUAUGGCACAAUCCUAGAGCUAUCAACUCACAAGUAAGCCCUGUUGAGUUUAUUGGAACUUUCCCCCAGGUAGGUAGGUAGGAAGGCAAGCAAGCAUAAGAUUGCAGCCUUAGAUGUUUCAUCCAGGUUCCACGCACAUGUCUAAACAUCGUUGAGAUUGGGAGACCAAUUGUGGCCCCACCUCGAUUUAACACAAUUAGAAGUUGCCAUAUACCUGCCAAUGGGAGGGGAAGGAGAAACAAACCGGUGCUGCUUCCCCACCACCACCACCCCACCCCACCCCCGUCUUCCACAAAUGGGGAGUGGAAGUGACCUGUGACCCAGCAGAUGUUUCCGUACUGCAGUUCCAACCAUCCUUGACCAUUAGCUAUACUGGCCAAGGCUGAUGGAAUUUUGAGCCCAGAACAUCUAAAGGGCCAUAGACUUCCCACUUAUAACACAGAACAUCAAUUUCCCCCCAUUUUAAUCGUAUUUAUGUAUUUUUAUUAAAUUUGUAUACCGCUCUUCUUCCAAAGAUCCCAGGGAGGUUCACAGCAUAAAAAUAAUACAAAAUAAAAACACAAAGGACAUAAUAAAAACAAGAACAAAACAAACCCAUUACUACACCAUCCCUUCCAUGAACACAUUUUAAAGGACAUAGUCUGUUAAUCAGCCAAAGGUCUGGUUGAAGGGGAAUGUUUUUGUCUGGCUCCUAAAGAUGUAUCAUGAAGGCACCAGACAAGCCUCCUUGGGGAGAGCAUGCCACAAAUGGGGAGCCACUGCAAAAAAGACUCGUUCUUAUAUUGUCACCAUCUGGACCUGUCAUGGAGGAAGGACACAGAAGGGCCUGAGGUUAUGAUUGAUGGGGAGAGGUGGUCAUUGAAGUAGCUGCCAGACUAUAAAAUGCUUUUAUUAUGGUUUAGCAUAAGCUGAAUCACAUGUUCUAAAUGGUGUCUCUUGAACACUGUAGUUUCAGAAAGCAAGUCCAUUGUGGUUUGCUUUGGUAACUGAAGAUCUAAGAGCUCAUGCAAAUGUUGCAUUUUGUGCUAUUUUAAUAUAGCAUUAGGUUGCUACUUCCAUUUGUAACUGGAGCUGAAGACCCUGAACUCUGGGGAAAGCAGAAGAUAUUAAAAUAAAUUGAUAUUGAUGACAUCAAGUGAGAAAACUAUUUUUGUGUUCUUCGUACCACAGAGACAGCACAUUUAGCAGACAGAGAGCCAAAGAUUGCUCAUCCCAGAUGAUGCACUUGGGGAAAAGAAAGCAAUUAUAUACAUUCAUACAUCUCGCUCGCCAUUCACUUCUGCAAAGUGGCCCUGCAGAUGUUGUUGGACUCCAGUUCCCAUCAGCCCCAGAAAACAUUGUAAAUUGUCAGAGAUUAUAGGAUUUGUAGUCCAAAAUAAAAAAUCUGGAGGGCUACAGGUUGCCCAACUCCAAUCUAAAUAAGAGAUAACAUUUAAAUACUGCAUAUACACACGUCCCCUUUUGUCUUCUCUGUCUCUGUGUGUGUGUGUGUGGGUGGGUGGGUGUGCGUGUGUGAUAGUCUUAUGAUAUUUAAAUGUUCUUCUGAUCUGUCUUAACGCCUACAGACUUCUUUCAAAACUAUUCCCUUGUUUUGAAAGCAGUCCAGUGGCUACUGGAAAUAGUUACUACCACAAAUUCCAUCAAUGCCUCACAGAAGGAGGUUGACACAAAGCAUCAAUUGUCAGAGAUUUAUGUAAGGAGUGAAAACUCUGGAAAUGUUGGCUGCGGUGAAAAGUGACUAACCAGAGUGAGAGUUUUUACGUGUAAUUCUGUAUAUAGGAAAAGAAACGAGAUUUGCUCAAUGUGCGGUUCGUUCGUUCGUUCUGAUUUCCGGAAGCCUGUUUUGGAGCCCCUUGUGGUGUGAGGAUGCUUAGUCACAGAACAGCACAGCUGAUAGAGAAAACCAAUUCAUAUUCAGUCCUGCAAAGCCACUCACCAGGAAGAAAAUGCCACAGAUUCAUCCAUACCGUUCAUUUCAUUGUAAGAUUCCCAGCUCUCUGUUGACCAUAUUACUUUCUCCUCCAAAUCACUGCCUUCCCACAUUUGCCCCUCUCUCAAUCCAUAUUUUCUCAUACCCUGUCCUUUUUAUAGUAUCUCUAGUAUGAAAAAAUCCAGAGGUCAGGAAGCUUACUAUCCACGUUAAACAACAGUAUGGCUGGGCCCUGAGUAGAUAGCCCACGUGAUGUUUCAUCAAUAGCUCAAAUCUGUGCCAUUUGUGAUCCAGCCAGAGCACACCAGCCUUGUAUCUUGAGCUCCGGUGCAGACAGGGAAUCGUUCUGGGCAACGUCCCAGGGGCCACAUGCUGCUGGUGGAAGGGGCCAGAGGGAAAAGUGGGGCUGAGCAACAAAUGUGACUUUCACCUUUGGACAGCAGGCUAGUUUCUUCUUCACUCACAUGCCUCUCUGACCUUCAUCCCGGCAAGCAAAAAGCAUCAUCAGAGAUCAAGGUCCUAUAGUAGUACGGCUAAAUCGCUCAAGGAGGGUUCAAAGCAGGGCUGUGACCAGGAACAGAUAGAGAGACAUGUGGACCUAACCUUCCCCAUCCCUGUCUUGCGUAAAGGUAAAGGGACCCCUGACCAUUCGGUUCCGUCGUGGUCGACUCUGGGGUUGCAGUACUCAUCUCGCUUUAUUGGCCGAGGAAGCCGGUGUACAGCUUCCGGGUCAUGUGGCCAGCAUGACUAAGCCACUUCUGGCGAACCAGAGCAGCGCACGGAAAUGCCGUUUACCUUCCUGCUGGAGCAGUACCUAUUUAUCUACUUGCACUUUGACGUGCUUUCAAACUGCUAGGUGGCAGGAGCAGGGACCGAGCAACGGGAGCUCACCCCGUCGCAGGGAUUCAAACCGCCGACCUUCUGAUUGGCAAGCCCUAGGCUCUGUGGUUUAACUCACAGUGCCACCCGUGUCAAAUCUCCUGAUUUUGCAGUCCCAGGGAAACAGCAAAGAAGUUCAACAUGUCCACGCUGGAGAGCUGCAUUCCCCGAGGUGUGUAGGCUUGCUUCAGUCAGUGGUUCUCAGAGAGCAAGUCAAGAGAACCCUGAAUGGGCAGUGCCUUCCAUUUGUUUUCUCACUUUCCAACAAGUAUAUACCUUGAGUCUUCCAGAAUGCAGCAACCUAAACCACUGGUACAAUACAGGAUGCUGUAUGUGCCAUCGUUCCUUGUGUUGACUGUUUGUCGGCAAGAAGUCAUUUGUUUCAGCCAACCUAUCAGGAGCACAUAUAAACUAGUUACAUAGAUUUGUUUUUAUUUUGUUAAAUUUAUUUGUAUGUCAUUGAUAAUUGUUUUAUAUCAUUUUAUGUAGAUAGAUAAUUUAUUAUGGUCAAAGACCAGCUCACAUAACAUAACACAAUAAAAACUGUGUUCAUAAAGAUAAAAUACACAAUCAGAGCAGAUUGCAGCAAUAGCUCAUGAGUUAAAAUUGAGAUAUAUACAUACACCCAUACAACUGAGAUUUGGGCUACUGUAAAAAAUUGACCCUGAGGUGCCCCAAAGGGCAACUUCAGCAUUUCCCUAGUAAGCUAUUUUAUUCUAGAGGAUGAUCUGUGCCUACAAAUUUGGGCGCAGAAUCUGGCUACCAGCCAGGUUGUCUUAUGAUCUUUGCCUCAGAGGAGAGAAUUAAGUUUAGACUUGUCUGAAAUAUUGGUGAACCUCUUCAGCAAAGGAUCAAUGGUGUCUCUACGAAUCUCAACGCAAAAAGGGCAUCUAAAAAAUAUGUGUUAUAUCAUUUUAUGUACAACAGUUAGGGGUUUUUAAAUUAAGUUUUUAAUGAAUUUUUUACAAAAACAACAAAUUGACAUAACCCUCUAAAUUCUCCCAGGCUUUGCACUUCAGAGAAAUCCUUAUCUGUGGACCCGAAUGGCUCUGUUUGCUUUGAGAUGUAAAUCCCUGGAACUGGAUUUAAAGUGAGCUCUUCCAGAUGGGAUGGUCUGUCAUUUUUCUCCUCUGUUCUCACUUGACGCUGCCCAGGAGCACAGAAGUGUCCAAUCUUGGGUUUAUGUCUGGCCGGGUGUGAACGGGUUAACUAUCUGAAAAGUCAACAUUUCUCAAUUUCAUUUUUUUAAAUUGUUCAUUUAAUUUUUAAUUUAAUUGAGCACUUACUGUUCCCAACCCUAACCCUGCGGAAAGCCAUCUAAUUAGACUUUAAUUUGAUUUUGACCUGUUUUUAGGAGGUAAUUUAAUUAUUGAUUUUAUACCAAUGUUAUAUAUCUGAUGUUAGCCACCCUGAGCCCGACUUCAGCCGGCGAGGGCAGGAUAUAAAUAGAAGACGAUGAUGAUUUUAUUUUAAAAAGCAGGCACCGUUCAGACAGAAAGCAGUGUUCACAUGUUGCAUUCAACGAGUGUAUGAGGGCCACCUGGUAUUAUACUUGAGUAGUUGCCCAUGGUGCCCACAGGUGGAUCAGGACCACGUUGCUUUGGUUUUGGGGCAUAUUUCAAUUCCAUCUCUAUUAUGAGGUUAAUAGCCUUUGUUUUUCACUCCUGUGGGUGGGACAAUUGUUUGAUGGCUUGUUUGAUCAUUCCAGCUUCGGGGAGACAACUCAGACCAGAAGACACUGAGGCUGACGGCGAGGCUGAUGCAGAAGAUGACUCUGUGAGUAACACCAAACAGUUUUGCAGCCACCACUGAGAUUUCUCAGCAUCUUUUCCUUUACGACAGGAGCCAAAAAGAACAAGAAGUCAAACUAAAGCCUGAGUUUAAUUCACAAACCAUACUGACUCCCUUUUAAACCCUGAACUGGAAUAGAAUAUGCAAUUUUAUUUGAAAGUCUCCAGUCCAUAUUAAAAGUAACCCAGAGCAGAAACCUAAAAAUUGGGAUAUGACUGCCUGGUACUUAAAAAUAGUAAAGAUAAAGGUAAAGGGACCCCUGACCAUUAGGUCCAGUCGUGGCCGACUCUGGGGUUGCGGUGCUCAUCUCGCUUUAUUGGCCAAGGGAGCCGGCGUACAGCUUUCAGGUCAUGUGGCCAGCAUGACUAAGCCGCUUCUGGUAAACCAGAGCAGCGCACGGAAACGCCGUUUACCUUCCCGCCAGAGCGGUACCUAUUUAUCUACUUGCACUUUGACGUGCUUUCAAACUGCUAGGUUGGCAGGAGCAGGGACAGAGCAACGGAAGCUCUCCCCGUUGCGGGGAUUCGAACCGCCAACCUUCUGAUCGGCAAGUCCUAGGCUCUGUGGUUUAACCCACAGCGCCACCCGUGUCCCUUUUUGUACUUAAAAAUACUCAGGGCUAAAGCCCAUGGCGCAUAUUUGCCUCUGGGCAAAUGAAGAUGGCUGGUGGGAUUUUACCUGCGCUGCAUCAUACAGCACACCUGUUUAAAAGUGCGAGGGGCUUGGGUUGAGCUGUGAAGGGAUAGACACAGGAUUGGAUGAGGUGUAAAAUAAAAGGUUUUUUGUCAGUUGUAAAGGAGGAGUGGUGUGAGAAAAGUGUGGGGUUGGUAAAGGGAUUGGUGAGUAGGUGAGGUUGGCGAAUAGAGGCAGCAGCCCCAGUUAUAUGUAAUAAAUAAUGGUUUGCAUAGUCGAUUUGAAAAUUUUGGCUGUGGAAAAAGAAGAAGUUAGGUAUGUCCGAAGAGUCCUGCUGGAUCAGCUGAAAAAUCCACCGUUAUGUCAGUGUCCGAGCAAAUGACGCUUAAAAACUCACAGCGCUGGUAUGAAGGCAUAUGGCCUCUCCCACUGUUUGCCCCCAGGAAAUGUCAUUCACAGGCAUACCACCUUUGAUCCUGGUUUUACUGCCACUCCUUUACAGAUACGCAUCUAACUCUUUUUUUAGUUUUGUCACAUUUCGCUGGGGGGAAGGUGAUGCAAUGAUUUCAAAGGAUUCCCUUCCUCUGCUGCUUCCUCUGCUUAAAUUAGGGAUGGGGAACAUUUUUUAAGCCAGUGGCCACAUUCCAUCAGGAAAAAUGGGGGGGGGAGCAAAUGAGGGGGAGGGAGAGAGCUAAGGGUGGAUAGAGCUGCAGCCAAAAGUGAACAGGGAUACCUUAAGCUCUCUUUUUGCCACCUUUUCUCUGGAAAUGUCUAGCUUCUGUGCUGGGCACCAAGAAAGAGGCUCGUCUUCCUUAGCACCCAUUGCAAAAACACAGUGGGCUGUCAGAGGAAUAGAGUGACCUUGGGGGUAGAGGCUAGGAGGAGAAACCGGGACUGGGAAGGAAGGGAUGCAGGCUAGACAAAAACCUACCAUGCACCAGAUCCUUGGCCCUGAUUUAAACUCUUCAAAGUGGAAGCAUCCAUUGUUCAUCAAGUAAUAUUGAAUAGGGGGUACCUGUCGAUGGUGGAAGGGGCUCCCUUGAGACUGCCUCCCUUCAUUGGGGGUUUUUAAGCAGAGGUUGGAUGGCCAUCUGUCAUGGAUGCUUCAGUUGAGAUUCCUGCAUUGGGUUCCUUUCCAACUCUACAAUUCUAUGCUAAACUCUGUUGUUGUUCCACUCCUACAGGUCGAUGAAGUGACAACUGAAAACAUACGACCAAGACCACAAGGAUCCUCUCCUGUUUAUGAGUAUUGCAUAGAAGAUGAAUAUUUUAACAAAAAGGCAAGACGUGACACAAUGGGAUUUUGUCUUUCACUGUUUUGCUAGUGUCAAAUUCUCAGUUCUUUUGGACCAUUGAGACAAUGGCUUCCUUAGCCCUUUGAAGUUAAAGGCAAAACUGGCAUCAGUUGGCCGUGGAGAGAACCACCUGUUCUUUCCCCAAAGAAUGCCCCAUGCAAGACACUACAUAAUUACAUCAUGUUGUCCCAAAUUCUAGAGGGAAAGCCAAUGGACCAUUAAGGCAGCUAAGCCCUGCAAGGAAAGAGUGGUGGUAGUGAGACCUUAAUCACCAUGAUUGUAAAGAUAAGCCAUCCCUCACUUGGCCAAAUACUUGGCUGAGUACUUUGGCCCUGCCCUAGAUAAAAUCAUUGAAACCAAGCAUAUAUGGCCAGCUGGAAAAUCUGAGCAAAUAAAAGUGUAUUUGCCUGGUGACAAAAUGGCCCUAUAGUUUAUUUGCAUUUUAUGUACUAUUUAUUUUUCACAAUUCAUAUACUGCUUAAUUAUACCUUCAUUGCAUAUCUUUAGGUACCAUGUGCCUCUUCACCCACCCAAAUCUUUGGCUAAUUAAACAAUGUAGGGCCUUUUAAACUAAACUUACUGUUCUCUGUGCUAUUAUGUUAUGUAUUUUUGUGUUCUUAUACUGUAAACCACCCUAUGAUCCUUGAAUGAAAUGCAGUAGAUAAAUGUGAAUAAAUAGGGGUUUUUCCCUGGUCCCUGUGUUCUUAUACUGUAAACCACCCUAUGAUCCUUGAAUGAAAUGCAGUAGAUAAAUGUGAAUAAAUAGGGGUUUUUCCCUGGUCCCUGUGUUUGGGUAUGUACACACACAUACAUAUAUACCUUUGAAGUCUGAAGAGAGGUGAUAAUGUGUGCAGAUAACUGAUUAUCGCAUAUUUCAGAACCCUUGAAAUGAAUUGUCCAGCUAUUGUUAACUGCAGUGCCACUCCCACCACCGAAAAAUAGCUAGUGAGACUACAGAAUGACAGAUGUGUGAGAAGUUUGGCAUGAUCUGUGCAAAUCCAUUUUAGCUUACUUAAAAAUUACACCUCUGUUUGCAGCUUCAGCAAGAUAUAGAGAACAGACAAAGACGGGAUUCUUCUAUCAAAAUGAGUGAUUCACAGGUGAGCUUAAGGUGUCCGAUAAACACCAGGUACGCCCUUCUGUACAGAAGAGCAUUGUUUCGGAGCUCUUCAAACCGAAUGAUCUUCUCAUUGAUACCUGUCCCUGGAAGGGAAUGCAAGCGCAGAUUUACAAAUACAAGCUUUAACUGUUACUUGCCAAAGAAUACUUCCCAAACUGGUUCCAGUUUGCGAAGCCACAGAGGGCCAGUCCAUGCAAGUCUUGGGUGUGUGUAAGUUGUAUGUUUGGAAAAUAUGCAUGUACAGAUCCCCGCAGAUAGGUACGCACUCACACAACUCGGUCUACACAUGGUGUGGGUGUGUGCCUGAAAUAUGCAUUCAAGCCUCACUGCCUGUGUGAACCAGCCUAUAGACCAAAGUCCCCACCCACAGAUUCUCACUUGACACAGCGCUGAAGAUUCUACGUAUACGUAUCCAGGGCUCUGUUGUACUCCAUGCUAAGAAUAAUAAUAAAAUAUCUAUGUCCAGGACAUCCAAACAAUGAUGGAUUCUGCAACCAAUAUUUGCAUUAUUUAUUCUACAAUGUUUUCUUUUCUGCAUAGUUUAUUUUGGUGUUGCUUGCAAUGGGAUGGGAAGAGACAUGGCCACUUUCCCCCUUGGAAGUCAUCUGAAACUGGAAAACACUCUACCCAGAAAACCUUUAUGUUGACUCUGAGUAUGUGCAAAUAAGCCCAGCAGUUCCACAGUUGACAGUGUAGUUUGCUGUUUUCUGGAUGCCAAGAGUUUCAACUAUUCAGUAUAAUGUCAGGUUGAAACCAAAUUGUGUGGGAAGAUCUCCAGGUAGACUUUUCACAAUCAAUCAAACUGUUUACCCAAGUUACCUUGGGGUUCAAUUAAUUUGCUGUAGAGCAGCCACACCUGUGAAACGAAACAGGAUAUGCUGGAGCUGCGAAGAAUGAUAUUGAAUAUACCCAUUGUACACCUAAGUGAACAUUCGUUUUUCAAAAGGAGCCAAAUUUAAUAAUAUUCAGAGCAUUGUAAUAGUCAUGCUACUAUCUCUGGAUGAGAGACUACUUACUUGAGAUGCAGUUAGAGUUCUGUUUUGGUUUAAAACCUGGAUAAGGAAACUUUUUAGCCUUUCAGGGGCUAGAACAUUCUAGAAGCUUUUGUAAAUCUACACAAUGUGCAGAAGUGCGCCUUCCAUGCAACCACCCAUCAGCUGAUGUUUACCGAUGUUAUGACAGGAAUGGGUUGAAGUCUUCAAUGAAAUGAGUUUUGAUAAUGUACUUUUUGGUCCAACUAGGAAUCUAUGGAGGUUACCUUACAAACGGAAGUCGAAUCUGGUGCAAGUGGAUUUAGUGUGGCUGGUGGAGGAACUGAAGGAUUAUUUGUGAAGCAAGUGCUCAAAGAGUCCCCAGCAUCGAAGUUAUUCAGUCUGAGAGAAGGUACAGUAUGGUCUAAUGUCACAUUUAUUUUAGUAAAAUUAGCUACGAAAGUGAAACCUGGGUGGGGUAUAAAUUAUUAUUAUUAUUAUUAUUAUUAUUAACCUAAUAAAAAAGUUAAUUAAAAUGUUGGUCAAAUUCAUGCAAACUUUUUUUUAAAAGCACAUUGGAAACUGUAGAGGAGGAGAAAGUGGGCUUUCUCUUUUUUAAACAAAUGGCUGAACAAAUAACAGUAGAAGAGCCGGGACUAACCUACUUACAGUGCAAUCCUAUAAAUAUCUACUUAGAAGUAAGCCCUAUUGAAUUCAAUAGGCCUUACUCCCAGGCAAGCUGGUAUAGGACUGCAGUCUUAGUCAAUUGGCUAUGGUCUAAAAUUAUCUUGACGGAUAACCAGCUGUAGCUGGAGGGCUUAGAAUCUGUAAAAAAAACAACAACUGUACAAAUAAAAUCCUGCUCAUGAAUGCUCACACAACCUAAGGGACAAUUCAAAUGAUCAGAUACAGUAGUUUUGUACUCCGUGGUGAUCCCCACACACACCUGAGACAACAACCUGUUUGAUGUUCACUUGCAACCUGGUUUUGUGAAUGCAUGCAUAAAGUGCCCGUGCUGCAGGAUUAUCUGAAGAUCUCUCUGAAAACCAGCUUGGCCACAAUUCUGCAUGCACAAGUUUGGGAUGCUUGUUAUUUCCAUCAUAUGACCUGAUUUCUUGCAGGAAGGAGAGCUCCGGUGUCCAUGCAGAAUUAAUGUAACUGGAAAUUCUAUGCAAGAUGUCAAUACUAGCAUUUAAUUCUGGGAGAUAUUCUUUGUAAAUAUUUUCAUGAGCAGGUUGUUGAAUCAAGACACUAGAAUAUGUGUUUUUUAAUGGUACAACAGGCUCCUUUUCAACGGAUUUAGAAAUGGCCACAUCAUAGCUGUCAACGUUUCCCUUUUUUAAAUGGAAAUUCCCUUAUUCUGAAUAGGAUUCCUUGCAAGAAAAGGGAAAAGUUGACAGCUAUGGCCCACGUGGGUGGGUGGGUAGGAUGUUUGCUAUUGUUGAUAGAUGUCUUUGCAUAAACAAGGCAUCUAAUUAAUGAGCCCGAUAUUUUGACACCCAAUUAGUUUCUGCUGCCUCUUUUCACAGGUGAUCAGCUUCUAAGUGCCACGAUCUUUUUCGAUAAUAUCAAAUAUGAAGAUGCACUCAAGAUUCUGCAGUAUUCCGAGCCGUACAAAGUACAGUUCAACCUCAAAAGAAAGCUCGCCAGGAAGGAAGAUCUUGAAACAAUGCAUUUUGCAACGCAAUCCAAAAAAGAAAAAAUGAGUCAGGUAAUGCACAUCUGUAAAAUUACACUUCAGAUCAAGGCAUGGAUCUUGGGGGAGGUAUUAAACUGACCAUCGCUUGUGUAAUUUUAGGACAGUGGUCUAGAUCCGGCGAUAUAUUGGGCAAACAGAAGGGCAUUUCUGCUAGACCAAGGUAGCCCUGUCAAAUUAUCACAAUUUUUUCAACCCCACUGCUGCACCUCUCCACUCCAUUGCUGCACUACACAUUUCUCCAACAGUGAGCCAAGAAACCUCCAUCAUGCAAACUAAUACCCACUCAUCUGUCUCUGGAUCCAACCUUCAGGGGUGUUUUUUUUUUUAGUGGAAGUGAAAUUUGAGGGGAUGCGGCCUUUGAGGCAUUGAAUUGUUGAAGCCCUUUUUGUGUGUUUUCUUCAGUUUCUGUAAGAAUGCAGAAAGCCUGUCAGAAUAGUGUGCAAUCUUUCUCUUUCUCUUUCUCUCUCUCUCUGUGUGUGUGUGUGUACACACACACACACACACACACACACACAUUGGGUUGUCGGGCGUCUUUUUAUUAUAAUUUAUUGAAUUUUAUACCGUCCUAUACCCGGGGGGGUGGGUCCUCAGGGCGGUUCACAGAAUAAAAUCAAGAUAUAAAACCACAAAAUACAUAGAAAAAAUAAAAACAACCCAAUAUCCCCCCCCAUGCACAAAAAAACACAUUUUAAAAGGACAUAGGAUGUGUCAGAUGAACCAAAAGCCUAGUUAAUGUCUUGAAGACUUUUUAAUACCAAUAGGCCCAUGCAGCUGUUUUUUGGGGGUGAGGAUUACUACUUUUUUAAUGUGUUUAUAUUGCUGUACACUGACCUGAUGUUUCAUGGGAGGGUAGUAUGUAAAUACUUUUAUAAAUAAAACAGAUACAUAAAGGGGGUAUUUUUAAGCCCAAGGACAACUUUCCUUCAUGGACAACUUCCUGAGGGACACAGGCCAGCAGUAGACAGGGCCUGAGGUAAAUGUGGAGGCGGCCAUAGACAUACUUUGAUGAGGAACAUGGCUCUUUGUAUAGCAGGCUGCAUUUUUAUCCAAAGUAUUAAAUGUGGUGACAAUAAUAAAACAAAACAACACCACAAACUGGCUUAUAAGUAUAAAACCAAAUUUACUAGAAUAAUAGCUAGAAUAGAGAUAGACUUGUAACCAUUCAAACAACAAACAUAUUAAGGUGCCAAGACAAAGCCUGGAGACACUGUAAACCUUUGAGUGGAUAAAUGUACAAUUCUAUCUUAACAAUGUAAACGUUAUACAGACUGGAUAAAUGAACCGUUCCAACAAGUAACGCAAAUCCAAUCACAGAAUGGCAACCUCGUGCCGCCACAACAGCAAGGGUAGCACACUGGGAGAAUAUGAAAAAGUUUCAAAAUACAGUCUGUAUAAUGUUUGCUGGACAUGUAAUUUGUUAAAAUAGAGUUGGUGGCUGCGUUUCUGGAACCAAUGAGAGGAAAUAAAUUGUAGAAAACUCUGCAAUAGUUGCUACGUUGAAAUUGCAGAGGAAUAUUGUAACCGGAGGGCAAGAAUGAUGCCGAAAGCCAGGUGGAAUCUGCACACGUAUUUAAAAAAUGCUGUGAAAACGUUUGUUGUUGGUUUUUUUUAAAAAAGUUUUGGGGGGGGGAAAUACAUUGAAUUUGCCAUAGCUCACUGUCGCCAUCUAGUGUCACAUUUGUAUAGUGCACUUAAAAUGUUUUAUUUGCAGCUGUAUAGCUGAGUCCCCAGUCUAGCAGCAACCUUUUGCUGAUGCAUGCGAGUAAAGGCAUUUCAGCGACACCAACUCGCAUCAUCCAACGUCUUAGCCUUUUGCACCAAAGUGGAGUGGAGCCCUGGCCUCAUCAGUGCUGCUGACAGCAUUUUGUUUUCUGAGGAGACAGAGCCUACUCCUGUUCUGUUUGUGUGUGGUCAGCUGCUGUAAUGCUAGGCCCGAUCCCCAGGUUAAGGGGUUGAGAAACAGGUCUCCUGUCAGCAGCUUCACGUUUCAGGUGAAUCACAGCACUUGACAAGCUGAAGAGAACUGGCAUAUUAGUAUGGUGCCUAAGGACACUUCUUUGGAGCAGAAGUAUCCCGCCCGCCCGCCCCCCCGAAUUAAUCGCUUCCUAUGAAGCAUCUCAAAGCAAUUUCACGAUACGAUAAAAGCCACAAACAGAACAGCUGGUUACGUAAAGACAGUUGAAACAAUUGCUUAUAUAAAAGCAAUUUAAACAAUUGCACAUAGAAAGCGAUUCCAAAUAAAUUCAAAUACCAAUUGGAAUGAAAACCUCCACUUAAAAGGCUUGCGGAAAGAGGAAAUCCUUCAGCUGGCACAAAAAACCCCCCAAUAAAAACCAGACCUGUCUGGUAACUGGAGGAGGUUCCAUGCUGCCACACUAAGGGCGUAUUUCUGACAUUGUGCAGAGCAGACAUCCUAAUAUGAUUGUGUUCGAAACAUAGAAUUGUAGAGCUGGAAGGGACCCCAGGGUUAUCUAGUCCAACCCCCUGCAGUGCAGGAAUAUGCAGAUGGUCUAUAUAUAUAAUAAUAUAUAAUAGUAAUAUUUUUAUUUAUACCCCACCUCAGGUUGCCUCAGGUGGCUUCCAACACACAAAUAAAUAAUAAUAAAACAUCAAGCAUUAAUCAGAUUCUAUAGUACAUAAAAAGUCACAAUAACUUUAAAAUAAGAAAUUUAUAUCAGACAAAGCACUAUUCAAUAAUCCAAUAGUAAACGGUAAAAUUAAACGUCAGCAGAUAAUAAUUUAACGGUUUACACUUAUCAAUUCCAAUAAAGAAUUACUAAUCUAUAAUCAAUAAAGUAACAGCAAAUGCAUAAAAUAACAGCAGACGCACAAAACCAUGUAAAAGGGUCAAACUGAGAAACAAGGACACACAACUUAGUUUUUAAAAAGCUAUCCCUGAACUCCUCUCUUCCCAGCUGUUUCUGCUGUCAUGGUCUGGGAAAGGCUCUUUGGGAUGGAGGUUGCGACAAGGCAGGUGGAAAAGCCAUUGCCUGCAGAAAGUCUUUCCCCACUCAGUUCUUCCUCUGGAGCAGAGCAGGUCUCCUAUAAAUAUAGGUUGUGGUGACCUAUGGAACACAAUGCACACUCCAGUUGUGAGAUGCAAGGAUGCAAGACCAAGGUCCUCUUACAGAGGGUAGGCUUAUUAUACACCCUUGCGCAAAUUAAUUGAAACAAACAAUGUAGUUUAUUGUACAAAACUCACAUAUACAUGUAGAAAACUCACAUUAGUAACGGAUAUGACCUCCACUAUUUUUAAGCAGCAUUUGAACACGGUUUGGCAUGGAGUCUACUAGUUUCGAACAGUCACUGUUGAAUUUCGGAUCCCUGUAUCACACUUGAAUCAGCGCCUGAAUGAGCUUCUCCAUAGUCGUACAGUCUACAGCAUGGAGGCGACUUUUGCAUAUAGCCCACAAGUUCUCAAUGGGAUUUACGUCCAGGGAAUUCCCUGGCCAAUCAAGUACCUAUAUUUGCUGCUCUGUCAUGAAUUUCUUCACCACUUUCAAUGUGUGACAGGGGGCUAGGUCCUGCUGCAAUAUCCCAGUACCAUCAGGAUAUGUUUUUUUCCAGCUCUGCAAUAACUCUCUUUCGUAGAACCUCAGUAUAUUGUGGCGAGCACAUUAUUCCUUCUAUUGGCUGUAGGCUUCCGACACCAUUGUGACCAACUCAUUUUUCGUGUUUGUUUUGAGUACAGGAUUACGAGUAAGAUAGAAAACAUGCUUUGUUUCAAUUAAUUUUCACAAGGGAGUACACCUUCUCUUAUUAACAGCUUCACACUGUGUCGUAGCGGCUAGGAACAUUGCAUCUAGGUUUCAGGAGGGGUACAUCACUGGGGAAUGGGAAAAGACUGCAAAAUUGAGUAAGUUGUAUUAUCUACAUGAUAUUUUUCAGCAAGUGUUUGUCACCUUGAAUUGCUAGAGGAACCUAAUGGUCAGGGGUCCCUUUACCUUUUUACAUUCCCGGAAGCAUGAGGCUUUUAUGGAAUGUGAAUCAGUUGUUUUGGAGACUCGUGCACACUCCUGUUUGCUCUGCUUCCAGCGACCUCCCAGCACUGGUUUGUGAAGCCGUGCAUGCACAACGUUGGCUACAAGUCACAUCUGUCCUGUAGUUCCCUGAGAAAUAGCGCAUUUUGAUGUGUUUUCUCCCUAACCAGCUUCAGUCUGAUUUGAAAAUGUAAGCCAUAUGAUGACAUCCAUGCCCCCUCUCCACUCACUGAUGUGGGCAGGCAAUGGGAGACUUGGAAAAACAUCCAACCUUUUAUCUCAUUGUAUUAUGAAAAAAAGGGACGCCGGUGGCACAGUGGGUUAAACCACAGAGCCUAGGACUCGCCGAUCAGAAGGUCGGUGGUUCGAAUCCCUGCCACGGGGUGAGCUUCCGUUGCUCAGUCCCAGCUCCUGCCAACCUAGCAGUUCGAAAGCACGUCAAAAGUGCAAGUAGAUAAAUAGGAACCACUCUGAUGGGAAGGUAAACGGCGUUUCCGUGCGCUGCUCUGGUUCGCCAGAAGCGGCUUAGUCAUGCUGGCCACAUGACCCGGAAGCUGUACGCCGGCUCCCUUGGCCAAUAAAGUGAGAUGAGUGCCGCAACCCCAGAGUUGGUCACGACUGGACCUAAUGGUCAGGGGUCCCUUUAUCUUUUACCUUUAUUAUGAAAAAGCUUUAAUAAAAAUUAUUAUUAUUAUUAAAGGGAAAUACACCCAACCAUGCUGAUGUGUGCAAUGAUGUCCAAAUGUGAUUUGAAAUGAAGCAGAGGGAAAUCAUCCCACUGUGUUUUAAGCUGGUAAUGUGUACACAGCCCAAGUCUCUCUGUUAAUUUAGUAUGUGUUAUCGUUUUGGGGUUUCUUGUUGCUAUUUAUUCAUUUAAACAUUCUGAUGUACAUUGCUUUCAACAAUUUUGAAGAUGCAAAGGGGUGGGGAUUAAAUACAUACGUAAUAAGUACUACAACCAUUUAUUUUGGAAAUUCUAUUUCUCAGGGGAAGGAAGCACUGGAAACAUCAGAAAAGACAUUCACAGAAGAAGAUAAAGCAGACUUAAUUGUAAAACAAAGAGUUGGAAGACCAAAAAGAUCCAAGAAGGACAGACUUUCCUGGCCAAAAUUCCAGUCAUUAAAAGGUAAAAAGAUACUGGGGCAAAGGAGAUCUCGUAGCACGUCAGAUGCAUACGAACAUGCGAUUCCGGAUAUUUCCCCAACAAGCACAGACACAGAAUCACAAUUUCAGCCAGAAGAAAUUCAUGCAAAAGUUAAAAGAGGAAGUCAAAAGAAACUAAGAUUCCCCAGUAUUGGAUUCAAGAUGCACAGAACUAAACAAGAACCAGAGGAGAGGACAAAAUACGAAGUCAAACCUCUCACAGACUAUGAAAAUGAUACUGCGCAGGAAAUCCCAGAAUUAAUAACAGUGCAAUAUUCUACUUCACGGGCUAAAGAGAAAAAACUGGAGGAAAUACAGGAACCCAGAAAAGAUGUUAAGGAAACAAAAUUUGAACUGCCAUACCAUACAGGUAAAUACCCUGAAGUUGAAUUAACAAUUAAAAAAACGAAAGAAAAGAAAUCAAAAUCCAAAGCCAUCACAAAAAAAUCAGAAACGACAGUGAUAACAACACAGAUAACAAAACCUAUAUUGCAAACAGGUGAAAUACAAGAUGUACAAAUAAAGCAGUUAACACCACCAAAACAACGAAAAAAGAAGCAAAAGGGAUCCACAGAAAAAAUGUAUACAAAAUUACAAAUGGACAACGAACAAACAGAAAAAGAAAAAAAAGACAUGGAUGGUAUCCAAGGAGUAAUUAAUCAAAAUGAAGAAGAUUCAAACGUCAUGAUGGCAACAACUGACAUACGUAUGCCGACAGCCAAAGCUUCUUUGGAAUUUAAAACUCCACACAUACAACUAGAGACACCAUCAACUGAUAUGUCUCUGGGUGCUGCUGAGAUUAAGAAGGAGGGCAUGGACACUAUGUUUAAAAUGCCAAAAUUCCAAAUGCCCAAAUUUGGAACAGAACUGAAGGCUCCAGACUUAAAGGUUGAGGCACAAUCGGCUGAUAUUGCUGUAGGUGGAGUUGAAGCUAAUCUGGAGGGCACCGACAGUAAAUUUACGAUGCCAAAACUCCAAAUGCCCAAGUUUGGAAUGUCACUUCCCAAGGAGAAACUCGCUGCAGAGGGAGAAAUCACCUUACCUUCUGUGGAAGUGGAUAUCUCCAAACCAGAACUGAAAGGGGAAGUGACCCUGCCCUCUGUGGGCAUCGAGACUGAUGGGAAAUUGCCCGGAGCUGAAAUGAAGGCACCUAGUGUGGAGUUGGAGGUUGCUGAGAAGGGCAAAAUCAAAACGCCUGAUGUCAAAAUGCCAAGCGUCAAGGUCCCAAGAAUAAAACCUCCUCAAGUGGGAGACUCACUGCCCAAGGUUGAAGCAGACAUCUCUGCUCCCAAAGCAAAAGUGGAAAUUCCACAGACAGAGGUCUCUGUUAAGGUGUCUGAAGCAGAAGGGAGAAUCGAGAGUGGAGGGAUGAAAAUACACAUGCCAAAGUUCAAGAUGCCCAGCAUGGGUUUCUCCAAACCAGAAAUCAAAGGUCCCAAAGUCGAUGUGGACAUCAGCGCACCCAAGGUUGACAUUGCUCUUCCAGACAUCAAUGUAACCAAGCCUGAGAUCAAAGCAGGUGACAUUUCAGCAGACAUGAAGUUCACAGGACCUGACGUACAGUUUCCAAAGGGGGAGGCUUCCUUGGAACUGAAGGCUCCAGACGUAAAGCUUGACGCACCAUCGGCUGAUAAUGAUGUAGGUGGCAUUGAAGCUAAGCUGGAGGGCACGGACAGUAAAUUUAAGAUGCCAAAAUUCCAAAUGCCCAAGUUUGGAAUGUCACGUCCCAAGGGGAAAGCCGCUUCAGAGGGAGAAAUUACCUUACCUUCUGUGGAAGUGGAUAUCUCCAAACCAGAACUGAAAGGGGAAGUGACCCUGCCCUCUGUGGGCAUCGAGACUGAUGUGAAAUUGCCCGCAACUGAAAUGAAGGCACCUAGUGUGGAGUUGGAGGUCGCUGAGAAGGGCAAAAUCAAAAUGCCUGAUGUCAAAAUGCCAAGCGUCAAGGUUCCAAAAAUAAAGACUCCUCAGGUGGGAGUAUCGCUGCCAGAGGUUGAGGCAGACAUCUCUGUUCCCAAAGCAAAAGUGGAAAUUCCAGAGGCAGAGGUCUCUGUUAAGGUGCCUGAUGCAGAAGGCAGCAUCGAGGGUGGCGGAAUGAAAAUACACAUGCCAAAGUUCAAGAUGCCCAGCAUGGGUUUCUCCAAACCAGAGAUCAAAGGUCCCAAAGUCGAUGUGGACGUCAGCGCACCCAAGGUUGACAUCGCUCUUCCAGACGUCAGUGUAACCAAGCCUGAGAUCAAAGCAGGCGACAUUUCAGCAGACAUGAAGUUCACAGCACCUGACGUACAGUUUCCAAAGGGGGAAGCUUCCUUGGAACUGAAGGCUCCAGACCUAAAGCUUGAGGCAGAAUCGGCAGAUGUCGUUCUAGGUGGAGUUGAAGCGAAGCUGGAGGGUACGGACAGUAAAUUUAAGAUGCCAAAAGUCCAAAUGCCGAAGUUUGGAAUGUCACUUCCAAAAGGGAAAGCCACUGCAGAGGGAGAUAUGAGCUUACCUUCUGUGGAAGUGGAUAUCUCCAAACCAGAACUGAAAGGGGAAGUGACCCUGCCCUCUGUGGGCAUCGAGACUGACGUGAAAUUGCCUGGAGCUGAAAUGAAGGCACCUAGUGUGGAGUUGGAGGUCGCUGAGAAGGGCAAAAUCAAAAUACCUGAUGUCAAAAUGCCAAGCGUCAAGGUUCCCAAGCUGAAGACUCCUCAAGUGGGAGUAUCGCUGCCAAAGGUUGAGGGAGACAUCUCUGUUCCCAAAGCAAAAGUGGAAAUUCCAGAGGCAGAGGUCUCUGUUAAGGUGCCUGAUGCAGAAGGCAGGAUUGAGGGUGGCGGAAUGAAAAUACACAUGCCAAAGUUCAAGAUGCCCAGCAUGGGUUUCUCCAAACCAGAAAUCAAAGGUCCCAAAGUGGAUGUGGACGUCAGCACAGCCAAGGUUGACAUUGCUCUUCCUGAUGUCAGUGUAACCAAGCCUGAAAUCAAAGCAGCUGACAUUUCAGCAGACAUCAGCCUUUCAGCACCUGACAUGAAGUUUCCAAAAGGAGAGGCUUCCUUGGAACUGAAGGCCCCAGACCUAAACGUUGAGUCACCAUCGGCAGUUGUCGCUCCAGGUGGACUUGAAGCAAAGCUGGAGGGUACGGACAGUAAAUUUACCAUGCCAAAACUCCAAAUGCCCAAGUUUGGAAUGUCACUUCCCAAGGGGAAAGCCACUGCAGAGGGAGAAAUCACCUUACCUUCUGUGGAAGUGGAUAUCUCCAAACCAGAACUGAAAGGGGAAGUGACCCUGCCCUCUGUGGGCAUCGAGACUGACGUGAAAUUGCCCGGAGCUGAAAUGAAGGCUCCUAGUGUGGAGUUGGAUGUCGCUGAGAAGGGCAAAAUCAAAAUACCUGAUGUCAAAAUGCCAAGUGUCAAGGUUCCCAAGCUGAAGACUCCUCAAGUGGGAGUCUCGCUGCCAAAGGUUGAGGGAGACAUCUCUGUUCCCAAAGCAAAAGUGGAAAUUCCAGAGGCAGAGGUCUCUGUUAAGGUGCCUGAAGCAGAAGGCAGCAUCGAGGGUGGCGGAAUGAAAAUACACAUGCCAAAGUUCAAGAUGCCCAGCAUGGGUUUCUCCAAACCAGAGAUCAAAGGUCCCAAAGUUGAUGUGGACGUCAGCGCACCCAAGGUUGACAUUGCUCUUCCGGACGUCAGUAUAACCAAGCCUGAGAUCAAAGCAGGCGACAUUUCAGCAGACAUCAGCCUCUCAGCACCUGACAUAAAGAUUCCAAAGGGGGAAGCUUCCUUGGAACUGAAGGCUCGAGACCUAAAGCUUGAGUCACCAUCAGCGGAUGUCGUUCUAGGUGGAGUUGAAGCGAAGCUGGAGGGUACGGACAGUAAAUUUAAGAUGCCAAAAGUCCAAAUGCCCAAGUUUGGAAUGUCACUUCCCAAGGGGAAAGCCACUGCAGAGGGAGAAAUCACCUUACCUUCUGUGGAAGUGGAUAUCUCCAAACCAGAACUGAAAGGGGAAGUGACCCUGCCCUCUGUGGGCAUCGAGACUGACGUGAAAUUGCCCGGAGCUGAAAUGAAGGCACCUAGUGUGGAGUUGGAGGUUGCUGAGAAGGGCACAAUCAAAAUACCUGAUGUCAAAAUGCCACGCGUCAAGGUUCCCAAACUGAAGACUCCUCAAGUGGGAGUAUCGCUGCCAAAGGUUGAGGGAGACAUCUCUGUUCCCAAAGCAAAAGUGGAAAUUCCAGAGGCAGAGGUCUCUGUUAAGGUGCCUGAAGCAGAAGGCAGCAUCGAGGGUGGCGGAAUGAAAAUACACAUGCCAAAGUUCAAGAUGCCCAGCAUGGGUUUCUCCAAACCAGAGAUCAAAGGUCCCAAAGUCGAUGUGGACGUCAGCGCACCCAAGGUUGACAUUGCUCUUCCAGACGUCAGUGUAACCAAGUCUGAGAUCAAAGCAGGUGACAUUUCAGCAGACAUGAAGUUCACAGCACCUGACGUACAGUUUCCAAAAGGGGAGGCUUCCUUGGAACUGAAGGCUCCAGAUUUGAAGGUUGAGGCACCAUCGGCUGAUAUUGAUGUAGGUGGCAUUGAAGCGAAGGUGGAGGGCACGGACAGUAAAUUUAAGAUGCCAAAACUCCAAAUGCCCAAGUUUGGAAUGUCACUUCCCAAGGGGAAAGCCACUGCAGAGGGAGAAAUCACCUUACCUUCUGUGGAAGUGGAUAUCUCCAAACCAGAACUGAAAGGGGAAGUGACCCUGCCCUCUGUGGGCAUCGAGACUGACGUGAAAUUGCCCGGAGCUGAAAUGAAGGCUCCUAGUGUGGAGUUGGAUGUCGCUGAGAAGGGCAAAAUCAAAAUACCUGAUGUCAAAAUGCCAAGCGUCAAGGUCGCAAAAAUAAAAACUCCUCAAGUGGGAGUCUCGCUGCCAAAGGUUGAGGGAGACAUCUCUGUUCCCAAAGCAAAAGUGGAAAUUCCAGAGGCAGAGGUCUCUGUUAAGGUGCCUGAAGCAGAAGGGAGCAUCGAGGGUGGCGGAAUGAAAAUACACAUGCCAAAGUUCAAGAUGCCCAGCAUGGGUUUCUCCAAACCAGAGAUCAAAGGUCCCAAAGUCGAUGUGGACGUCAGCGCACCCAAGGUUGACAUUGCUCUUCCGGACGUCAGUGUAACCAAGCCUGAGUUCAAAGCAGGUGACAUUUCAGCAGACAUCAGCCUCUCAGCACCUGACAUAAAGAUUCCAAAGGGGGAAGCUUCCUUGGAACUGAAGGCUCGAGACCUAAAGCUUGAGUCACCAUCCGCUGAUAUUGAUGUAGGUGGCAUUGAAGCGAAGGUGGAGGGCACGGACAGUAAAUUUAAGAUGCCAAAACUCCAAAUGCCCAAGUUUGGAAUGUCACUUCCCAAGGGGAAAGCCACUGCAGAGGGAGAAAUCACCUUACCUUCUGUGGAAGUGGAUAUCUCCAAACCAGAACUGAAAGGGGAAGUGACCCUGCCCUCUGUGGGCAUUGAGACUGACGUGGAAUUGCCCGCAGCUGAAAUGAAGGCACCUAGUGUGGAGUUGGAGGUCACUGAGAAGGGCAAAAUCAAAAUACCUGAUGUCAAAAUGCCACGCGUCAAGGUUCCCAAACUGAAGACUCCUCAAGUGGGAGUAUCGCUGCCAAAGGUUGAGGGAGACAUCUCUGUUCCCAAAGCAAAAGUGGAAAUUCCAGAGGCAGAGGUCUCUGUUAAGGUGCCUGAAGCAGAAGGCAGCAUCGAGGGUGGCGGAAUGAAAAUACACAUGCCAAAGUUCAAGAUGCCCAGCAUGGGUUUCUCCAAACCAGAGAUCAAAGGUCCCAAAGUCGAUGUGGACGUCAGCGCACCCAAGGUUGACAUUGCUCUUCCGGACGUCAGUAUAACCAAGCCUGAGAUCAAAGCAGGCGACAUUUCAGCAGACAUCAGCCUUUCAGCACCUGACAUGAAGUUUCCAAAAGGAGAGGCUUCCUUGGAACUGAAGGCCCCAGACCUAAACGUUGAGGCACCAUCGGCAGAUGUCGCUCUAGCUGGAGUUGAAGCGAAGCUGGAGGGUACAGACAGUAAAUUUAAGAUGCCAAAACUCCAAAUGCCCAAGUUUGGAAUGUCACUUCCCAAGGGGAAAGCCACUGCAGAGGGAGAAAUCACCUUACCUUCUGUGGAAGUGGAUAUCUCCAAACCAGAACUGAAAGGGGAAGUGACCCUGCCCUCUGUGGGCAUCGAGACUGACGUGAAAUUGCCCGGAGCUGAAAUGAAGGCACCUAGUGUGGAGUUGGAGGUCGCUGAGAAGGGCAAAAUCAAAAUGCCUGAUGUCAAAAUGCCAAGCGUCAAAGUUCCCAAGCUGAAGACUCCUCAAGUGGGAGUCUCGCUGCCAAAGGUUGAAGCAGACAUCUCCCUUCCCAAAGCAAAAGUGGAAGUUCCAGAGGCAGAGGUCUCUGUUAAGGUGCCUGAAGCAGAAGGCAGCAUUGAGGGUGGCGGAAUGAAAAUACACAUGCCAAAGUUCAAGAUGCCCAGCAUGGGAUUCUCCAAAUCAGAGAUCAAAGGUCCCAAAGACGAUUUGGACGUCAGCGUCCCCCAGGUUGACAUUGCUCUUCCAGACGUCAGUGUAACCAAGCCUGAGAUCAAAGCAGGUGACAUUUCAGCAGACAUGAAGUUCACAGCACCUGACGUACAGUUUCCAAAGGGGGAGGCUUCCUUGGAACUGAAGGCUCCAGACCUAAAGCUUGAGGCACCAUCGGCUGAUAUUGAUGUAGGUGGCAUUGAAGCGAAGCUGGAGGGCACGGACAGUAAAUUUAAGAUGCCAAAACUCCAAAUGCCCAAGUUUGGAAUGUCACUUCCCAAGGGGAAAGCCGUUGCAGAGGGAGAAAUCACCUUACCUUCUGUGGAAGUGGAUGUUUCCAAACCAGAACUGAAAGGGGAAGUGACCCUGCCCUCUGUGGGCAUUGAGACUGACGUGGAAUUGCCCGGAGCUGAAAUGAAGGCACCUAGUGUGGAGUUGGAGGAUGCUGAGAAGGGCAAAAUCAAAAUACCUGAUGUCAAAAUGCCAAGCGUCAAGGUUCCCAAAAUGAAGACUCCUCAAGUGGGAGUUUCACUGCCCAAGGUUGAGGCAAAUAUCUCUGUUCCCAAAGCAAAAGUGGAAAUUCCAGAGGCAGAGGUCUCUGUUAAGGUGCCUGAUGCAGAAGGCAGCAUCGAGGGUGGCGGAAUGAAAAUACACAUGCCAAAGUUCAAGAUGCCCAGCAUGGGUUUCUCCAAACCAGAAAUCAAAGGUCCCAAAGUCGAUGUGGACGUCAGCGCACCCAAGGUUGACAUUGCUCUUCCAGACGUCAGUGUAACCAAGCCUGAGAUCAAAGCAGGUGACAUUUCAGCAGACAUCAGCCUCUCAGCACCUGACAUAAAGAUUCCAAAGGGGGAAGCUUCCUUGGAACUGAAGGCUCCAGACCUAAAGGUUGAGGCAACAUCGGCUGAUAUUGAUGUAGGUGGCAGUUGAAGCGAAGCUGGAGGGCACGGACAGUAAAUUUAAGAUGCCAAAACUCCAAAUGCCCAAGUUUGGAAUGUCACUUCCCAAGGGGAAAGCCACUGCAGAGGGAGAAAUCACCUUACCUUCUGUGGAAGUGGAUAUCUCCAAACCAGAACUGAAAGGGGAAGUGACCCUGCCCUCUGUGGGCAUCGAGACUGACGUGAAAUUGCCCGGAGCUGAAAUGAAGGCACCAAGUGUGGAGUUGGAGGUCGCUGAGAAGGGCAAAAUCAAAAUGCCUGAUGUCAAAAUGCCAAGCAUGAAGGUCCCUGAGCUGAAGACUCCUCAAGUGGGAGUCUCGCUUCCAAAGGUUGAAGCAGACAUCUCUGUUUCCAAAGCAAAGGUGGAAAUUCCAGAGGCAGAGGUUUCUGUUAAGGUGCCUGAUGCAGAAGGCAGGAUCGAGGGUGGCGGAAUGAAAAUACACAUGCCAAAGUUCAAGAUGCCCAGCAUGGGAUUCUCCAAAUCAGAGAUCAAAGGUCCCAAAGACGAUUUGGACGUCAGCGUCCCCCAGGUUGACAUUGCUCUUCCAGACGUCAGUGUAACCAAGCCUGAGAUCAAAGCAGGUGACAUUUCAGCAGACAUGAAGUUCACAGCACCUGACGUGCAGUUUCCAAAGGGGGAGGCUUCCUUGGAACUGAAGGCUCCAGACCUAAAGGUUGAGGCACCAUCGGCAGAUGUCACUCUAGGUGGACUUGAAGCGAAGCUGGAGAGCACGGACAGUAAAUUUAAGAUGCCAAAAUUCCAAAUGCCCAAGUUCGGAAUGUCACUUCCCAAGGGGAAAGCCACUGCAGAGGGAGAAAUCACCUUACCUUCUGUGGAAGUGGAUAUCUCCAAACCAGAACUGAAAGGGGAAGUGACCCUGCCCUCUGUGGGCAUCGAGACUGACGUGAAAUUGCCCGGAGCUGAAAUGAAGGCACCUAGUGUGGAGUUGGAGGUCGCUGAGAAGGGCAAAAUCAAAAUGCCUGAUGUCAAAAUGCCAAGCGUCAAAGUUCCCAAGCUGAAGACUCCUCAAGUGGGAGUCUCGCUGCCACAGGUUGAAGCAGACAUCUCCCUUCCCAAAGCAAAAGUGGAAGUUCCAGAGGCAGAGGUCUCUGUUAAGGUGCCUGAAGCAGAAGGCAGCAUUGAGGGUGGCGGAAUGAAAAUACACAUGCCAAAGUUCAAGAUGCCCAGCAUGGGAUUCUCCAAAUCAGAGAUCAAAGGUCCCAAAGUCGAUAUGGACGUCAGCACCCCCAAGGUUGACAUUGCUCUUCCAGACGUCAGUGUAACCAAGCCUGAGAUCAAAGCAGGUGACAUUUCAGCAGACAUGAAGUUCACAGCACCCGACAUAAAGAUUCCAAAGGGGGAAGCUUCCUUGGAACUGAAGGCUCCAGACGUAAAGCUUGAGGCACCAUCGGCGGAUUUCGCUCUAGGUGUAGUUGAAGCGAAGGUGGAGGGCACGGACAGUAAAUUUAAGAUGCCAAAACUCCAAAUGCCCAAGUUUGGAAUGUCACUUCCCAAGGGGAAAGCUGUUGCAGAGGGAGAAAUCACCUUACCUUCUGUGGAAGUGGAUGUUUCCAAACCAGAACUGAAAGGGGAAGUGACCCUGCCCUCUGUGGGCAUUGAGACUGACGUGGAAUUGCCCGCAGCUGAAAUGAAGGCACCUAGUGUGGAGUUGGAGGUCACUGAGAAGGGCAAAAUCAAAAUACCUGAUGUCAAAAUGCCACGUCACAAACUGAAGACUCCUCAAGUGGGAGUCUCACUGCCCAAGGUUGAGGCAGACAUCUCGGUUCCCAAAGCAAAAAUGGAAAUUCCAGAGGCAGAGGUCUCUGUUAAGGUGCCUGAAGCAGAAGGCAGCAUUGAUGGUGGCGGGAUGAAAAUACACAUGCCAAAGUUCAAGAUGCCCAGCAUGGGUUUCUCCAAACCAGAGAUCAAAGGUCCCAAAGUCGAUGUGGAUGUCAGCGCACCCAAGGUUGACAUUGCUCUUCCGGACGUCAGUGUAACCAAGCCUGAGUUCAAAGCAGGUGACAUUUCAGCAGACAUGAAGUUCACAGCACCUGACAUAAAGAUUCCAAUGGGGGAAGCUUCCUUGGAACUGAAGGCUCCAGAUUUGAAGGUUGAGGCACCAUCGGCUGAUAUUGAUGUAGGUGGCAUUGAAGCGAAGCUGGAGGGCACCGACAGUAAAUUUAAGAUGCCAAAACUCCAAAUGCCCAAGUUUGGAAUGUCACUUCCCAAGGGGAAAGCCACUGCAGAGGGAGAAAUCACCUUACCUUCUGUGGAAGUGGAUAUCUCCAAACCAGAACUGAAAGGGGAAGUGACCCUGCCCUCUGUGGGCAUCGAGACUGACGUGAAAUUGCCCGGAGCUGAAAUGAAGGCACCAAGUGUGGAGUUGGAGGUGUCUAAGAAGGGCAAAAUCAAAAUGCCUGACGUCAAAAUGCCAAGCAUGAAGGUCCCUGAGCUGAAGACUCCUCAGGUGGGAGUCUCGCUGCCGAAGGCUGAGGGAGACAUCUCUGUUCCCAAAGCAAAAGUGGAAAUUCCAGAGACAGAGGUCUCUGUUAAAGUGCCUGAUGCAGAAGGCAGGAUCGAGGGUGGCGGGAUGAAAAUACACAUGCCAAAGUUCAAGAUGCCCAGCAUAGGUUUCUCCAAACCAGAAAUCAAAGGUCCCAAAGUCGAUGUGGACGUCAGCGCCCCCAAGUUUGACAUUGCUCUUCCAGACGUCAGUGUAACCAAGCCUGAGAUCAAAGCAGGUGACAUUUCAGCAGACAUCAGCCUUUCAGCACCUGACGUGAAGUUUCCAAAAGGAGACGCUUCCUUGGAGCUGAAGGCUCCAGACCUAAACGUUGAGGCACCAUCGGCAGAUGUCACUCUAGGUGGACUUGAAGCGAAGCUGGAGAGCACGGACAGUAAAUUUAAGAUGCCAAAAUUCCAAAUGCCCAAGUUUGGAAUGUCACUUCCCAAGGGGAAAGCCGCUGCAGAGGGAGAAAUCACCUUACCUUCUGUGGAAGUGGAUAUCUCCAAACCAGAACUGAAAGGGGAAGUGACCCUGCCCUCUGUGGGCAUCGAGACUGACGUGAAAUUGCCCGGAGCUGAAAUGAAGGCAACUAGUGUGGAGUUGGAAGUUGCUGAGAAGGGCAAAAUUCAAAUGCCUGAUGUCAAAAUGCCAAGCGUCAAAGUUCCCAAGCUGAAGACUCCUCAAGUGGGAGUCUCGCUGCCACAGGUUGAAGCAGACAUCUCCCUUCCCAAAGCAAAAGUGGAAGUUCCAGAGGCAGAGGUCUCUGUUAAGGUGCCUGAAGCAGAAGGCAGCAUUGAGGGUGGCGGAAUGAAAAUACACAUGCCAAAGUUCAAGAUGCCCAGCAUGGGAUUCUCCAAAUCAGAGAUCAAAGGUCCCAAAGUCGAUAUGGACGUCAGCACCCCCAAGGUUGACAUUGCUCUUCCAGACGUCAGUGUAACCAAGCCUGAGAUCAAAGCAGGUGACAUUUCAGCAGACAUGAAGUUCACAGGACCUGACGUGCAGUUUCCAAAGGGGGAGGCUUCCUUGGAACUGAAGGCUCCAGACCUAAAGGUUGAGGCACCAUCAGCGGAUUUCGCUCUAGGUGUAGUUGAAGCGAAGCUGGAGGGUACGGACAGUAAAUUUAAGAUGCCCAAAUUCCAUAUGCCCAAGUUCGGAAUGUCACUUCCCAAGGGGAAAGCUGUUGCAGAGGGAGAAAUCACCUUACCUUCGGUGGAAGUGGAUGUUUCCAAACCAGAACUGAAAGGGGAAGUGACCCUGCCCUCUGUGGGCAUUGAGACUGACGUGGAAUUGCCCGCAGCUGAAAUGAAGGCACCUAGUGUGGAGUUGGAGGUCGCUGAGAAGGGCAAAAUCAAAAUGCCUGGUGUCAAAAUGCCCAAAACGAAGACUCCUCAAGUGGGAGUCUCACUGCCCAAGGUUGAGGCAGACAUCUCGGUUCCCAAAGCAAAAAUGGAAAUUCCAGAGGCAGAGGUCUCUGUUAAGGUGCCUGAAGCAGAAGGCAGCAUCGAGGAUGGUGGAAUGAAAAUACACAUGCCAAAGUUCAAGAUGCCCAGCAUGGGUUUCUCCAAACCAGAAAUCAAAGGUCCCAAAGUCGAUGUGGACGUCAGCGCACCCAAGGUUGACAUUGCUCUUCCAGACGUCAGUGUAACCAAGCCUGAAAUCAAAGCAGGUGACAUUUCAGCAGACAUGAAGUUCACAGCACCUGACAUAAAGAUUCCAAAGGGGGAAGCUUCCUUGGAACUGAAGGCUCCAGACGUAAAGCUUGAGGCACCAUCGGCUGAUAUUGAUGUAGGUGGCAUUGAAGCGAAGCUGGAGGGCACGGACAGUAAAUUUAAGAUGCCAAAACUCCAAAUGCCCAAGUUUGGAAUGUCACUUCCCAAGGGGAAAGCCACUGCAGAGGGAGAAAUCACCUUACCUUCUGUGGAAGUGGAUAUCUCCAAACCAGAACUGAAAGGGGAAGUGACCCUGCCCUCUGUGGGCAUCGAGACUGACGUGAAAUUGCCCGGAGCUGAAAUGAAGGCACCUAGUGUGGAGUUGGAGGUGUCUAAGAAGGGCAAAAUCAAAAUGCCUGACGUCAGAAUGCCAAGCAUGAAGGUCCCUGAGCUGAAGACUCCUCAGGUGGGAGUCUCGCUGCCGAAGGCUGAGGGAGACAUCUCUGUUCCCAAAGCAAAAGUGGAAAUUCCAGAGACAGAGGUCUCUGUUAAAGUGCCUGAUGCAGAAGGCAGGAUCGAGGGUGGCGGGAUGAAAAUACACAUGCCAAAGUUCAAGAUGCCCAGCAUAGGUUUCUCCAAACCAGAAAUCAAAGGUCCCAAAGUCGAUGUGGACGUCAGCGCCCCCAAGUUUGACAUUGCUCUUCCAGACGUCAGUGUAACCAAGCCUGAGAUCAAAGCAGGUGACAUUUCAGCAGACAUCAGCCUUUCAGCACCUGACGUGAAGUUUCCAAAAGGAGACGCUUCCUUGGAGCUGAAGGCUCCAGACCUAAACGUUGAGGCACCAUCGGCAGAUGUCACUCUAGGUGGAGUUGAAGCGAAGCUGGAGGGCACGGACACUAAAUUUAAGAUGCCAAAAUUCCAAAUGCCCAAGUUCGGAAUGUCACUUCCCAAAGGGAAAGCCACUGCAGAGGGAGAAAUCACCUUACCUUCUGUGGAAGUGGAUAUCUCCAAACCAGAACUGAAAGGGGAAGUGACUCUGCCCUCUGUGGGCAUCGAGACUGACGUGAAAUUGCCCGGAGCUGAAAUGAAGGCACCUAGUGUGGAGUUGGAAGUUGCUGAGAAGGGCAAGAUCAAAAUGCCUGAUGUCAAAAUGCCAAGCGUCAAGGUUCCCAAAAUGAAGACUCCUCAAGUGGGAGUCUCGCUGCCACAGGUUGAAGCAGACAUCUCCCUUCCCAAAGCAAAAGUGGAAGUUCCAGAGGCAGAGGUCUCUGUUAAGGUGCCUGAAGCAGAAGGCAGCAUUGAGGGUGGCGGAAUGAAAAUACACAUGCCAAAGUUCAAGAUGCCCAGCAUGGGAUUCUCCAAAUCAGAGAUCAAAGGUCCCAAAGUCGAUAUGGACGUCAGCACCCCCAAGGUUGACAUUGCUCUUCCAGACGUCAGUGUAACCAAGCCUGAGAUCAAAGCAGGUGACAUUUCAGCAGACAUGAAGUUCACAGGACCUGACGUGCAGUUUCCAAAGGGGGAGGCUUCCUUGGAACUGAAGGCUCCAGACCUAAAGGUUGAGGCACCAUCAGCGGAUUUCGCUCUAGGUGUAGUUGAAUCGAAGCUGGAGGGUACGGACAAUAAAUUUAAGAUGCCCAAAUUCCAUAUGCCCAAGUUCGGAAUGUCACUUCCCAAGGGGAAAGCUGUUGCAGAGGGAGAAAUCACCUUACCUUCGGUGGAAGUGGAUGUUUCCAAACCAGAACUGAAAGGGGAAGUGACCCUGCCCUCUGUGGGCAUUGAGACUGACGUGGAAUUGCCCGGAGCUGAAAUGAAGGCACCAAGUGUGGAGUUGGAGGUCGCUGAGAAGGGCAAAAUCAAAAUGCCUGGUGUCAAAAUGCCCAAAACGAAGACUCCUCAAGUGGGAGUCUCACUGCCCAAGGUUGAGGCAGACAUCUCGGUUCCCAAAGCAAAAAUGGAAAUUCCAGAGGCAGAGGUCUCUGUUAAGGUGCCUGAAGCAGAAGGCAGCAUCGAGGAUGGUGGAAUGAAAAUACACAUGCCAAAGUUCAAGAUGCCCAGCAUGGGUUUCUCCAAACCAGAAAUCAAAGGUCCCAAAGUCGAUGUGGACGUCAGCACCCCCAAGGUUGACAUUGCUCUUCCAGGCGUUAGUGUAACCAAGCCUGAAAUCAAAGCAGGUGACAUUUCAGCAGACAUGAAGUUCACAUCACCUGAUGUACAGUUUCCAAAGGGGGAGGCUUCCUUGGAACUGAAGGCUCCAGACGUAAAGGUUGAGGCACCACUAGUCGAUGUUGAUUUGGGAGGUGUUGAGACAAAGGUGGAAGGCAUGGACAGUAAAUUUAAAAGGCCUAAAUUCCAAAUGCCCAAGUUUGGAAUUUCAUUUCCCAAAGGUAAAGCCAGUGUAGAUGGCAUGGGCACCCUACCUUCUGUGGAAGUAGAUAUCUCCAUACCAGAACAGAAAGGCGAAGUCAUACUGCCCUCUAUGAGCAUCGAGACAGAUUUGAAAUUGCAAGGAGCUGAAAUAGGGGCACCUAGUGCGGAAUUGGAGGUCCCUGAGAAAGGAAAAAUCAAGCUGCCCGAUGUCAAAAUGCCAAGCGUCAAGGUCCCCAAAAUGAGGACUACUCAGGUGGGAGUCUCACUGCCAAAAGUACAAGCAGACAUCUCUCUUCCCACAGCAGCAAUGGAGAAUCCAGAGGCUUCCGCAUCUGUCAAUGUGCCUCAUGCAGAAAGUAGCAUUAAGAGUGGCGGGAUGAAAAUGCACAUGCCAAAGUUCAAGAUGCCCAGCAUGGGUUUUUCUAAACCAGAAAUCAAAGGUCCCAAAGUCGAUGUGGACGUCAGCGCACCCAAAGUUGACAUUGAUCUUCCUGAUGUCAGUGUAACCAAGCCUGAAAUCAAAGCAGGUGACAUUUCAGCAGACAUGAAGUUCACAGCACCUAACAUAAAGAUUCCACAGGGGGAAGCUUCCUUGGAACUGAAGGCUCCAGACCUAAACAUUGAGGCACCACCGGCAGAUGUCGCUCUAGGUGGAGUUGAAGCGAAGCUGGAGGGCACUGACAGUAAAUUUAAGAUGCCAAAAUUCCAAAUGCCCAAGUUUGGAAUGUCACUUCCCAAGGGGAAAGCCACUGCAGAGAGAGAAAUCACCUUACCUUCUGUGGAAGUGGAUAUCUCCAAACCAGAACUGAAAGGGGAAGUGACCCUGCCCUCUGUGGGCAUCGAGACUGAUGUGAAAUUGCCCGGAGCUGAAAUGAAGGCACCAAGUGUGGAGUUGGAGGUGUCUGAGAAGGGCAAAAUCAAAAUACCUGAUGUCAAAAUGCCAAGCGUCAAGGUCCCAAAAAUAAAACCUCCUCAAGUGGGAGUCUCGCUGCCGAAUGUUGAAGCAGACAUCUCUGUUCCCAAACCACCCACCCCCCCCCCCCCCCCCCCCCCCCCCCCCCCCCCCCCCCCCCCCCCCCCCCCCCCCCCCCCCCCCCCCCCCCCCCCCCCACCCCCCCCCCCCCCCAAGUCAAGGUCCCCAAAAUGA